GGGAGAUAACAGAGAGACAAAGCCGGCUAACGCCACAACUGCCUCGGCUGCCGCUGAUGUUUUAGCCCCGAUGGAGGGGAACCAUGAAGGGGAGCAUGUGCUGACGGUAAGUCUGCUCUGUGUGUUUGUUUUGUGUGCAUGUGCGUGUGUGUGGAUGUGUGUGUACGUGUGUGUGUCUUCUCCAUCUCUGACAUUGUCUUGCUGUACCGUAGAAUAGUGGUUGUGGUUGCAGAAUAGAAUAGAGGGUGUUCUAUUGGAUGUAGCUCAGAGGGGGAGAGAGAGAGCGAUAGGGGGAAGAGUCCCUGCCUGCCUCACCAACGAAUGCCUCUUAGAAAGGAAAUGGUCCUUCCAGCUCUUCACUAGCCCUGAGGAGCCGGAAUGGGAGGAAAUAAGACAGGAACAGAUAUGGCUGCUUUAAAGAGUGAACCCAGGAGGGAGAAGGGAGGGAGAGGAGGAGUGUGAGAGAGGAGUAGAGGAGGAAAAUGGGGCAGCAGACUAGAGAUAAUUGAAUCAAAACAAAACGGAGCAUGCUCCUUUGAUUAAAAUGUAUAGAUUAUGGAUAUGAUGUUCAUUGUUUAUCUAUUGAAUGGAAGUUGAUGUUGUCAGUCACAUUGAGGGAAAUACAAUAUGUUUGGCUAUUGAAAUAGCCUAGAUAAGGCGAGAAUGACAUGGAUGGGGGAAUAUGUAGACAGCUGUGGUUAUUAGGAUGUACAUACAAGGAGAGCAAAAUGUGUUUUAGAGAGGAGUGGAAAUGGUUUCCAUUUCUGUGUAGCCUAUGCUUUAGCCUAUUUCUGGGGGCGGGGGGCAUGCAAUUUGCUGCUGUUUCUGGUAUUGCGUUUGGCCCGUGUAUGACGGUGGAGAUACAACUCAGAGGACUGGCGUGUGUCUCUAGAGCUAUGUGACUCCCCACUUACGUCACCCCCCCCCCCCCGCCUGGAACAAGGCCAAGUAACGACAACCUGGAAUAGAGGGAACCUGGCUGGCUCUGAAAUCACUCCUACACUGUCACCCACACUGAUUCAUUUCACAUUCACACCCAGUCACAGUGACAAGCACCAGUGUUCCAUGCUCAAUGAAUUUAGUUUAAAAUGGUAGCCCCCAUUUUAAUAGAUACUGUAGACUAUACAAUAACUAUCCCUUUACACACACACAAAUACAGUUUAUUGGUCUGACAUGUUAAGCAAAAUCAAAACCAUGGAUAACAGUAAUUGGCCAGCCAAAUGACCGCGGUCUCCGUAAUAUAUAUUUUACGCUCCUGAGUGCAUGUGCUGCCAUAGAAAUAGAAUGAAUAGAACGGUUGUCCCCGUUCAAGUCAAUGAUGGCAUAAUGGGUGCACUGGCGGCCAUUGCGAGUGUACCCAUAGUAGCAAAGCAGGAAGUAAAAGCAGGAAGUAAAAGAAGGAAGUGUACCCAUCAAUAUGUGCUGUGAUUUGUUGAUUCAACUGAACUGAUAUUCCCAAAAAUACGUUCCAUUGCAUGAGCCACAUCAGUUAAUAUCAUUUGAACGAACAUUCUACAUUACCAUGGAAGGUAUUGCAUCACAAUACCAGGCAGCCAUUGCGAGGACCCAUGAGUUUACAAGUCAAAUUUCCAGGGUUAGAGGUUCCAAGCCCAUUUUAUUAAUUAUAUUUCUGUGUGUGCUGCUGCAUUGUGUGGGGCGUUGCCUAGGCAACCAAAGUGUAAUUUGCUAGUUUCUUGUUUCAGCAAGGAGCAACAAAGUAUCAUCACGUUGUUAAGAGUCCAUGUUACCACAGAAACAGACUCAACUGCACGAAUGCCUCCCGUCUAGGGCUGUUGCGGUGACCGUAUUACCGCCACACCGGCAGUCAUGAGUCAUGACCGCAAUCAAAUUCCAAGUGAUCGUUGUUGAGUCACGGUAAUCUCCUUUUAUGCACUCUGGACAUGCUUUGGUAGUACCCAACUUGCUAACUACCAUCAGGUCCUAAUGGCCUGGUACUCAGGGCUCUAUUGUCCCUCUAACCACUCUGACAUCAAUGCAAAUACAAUCGAAAAUCACAUCAAACACUUAUCAUCAAAACAGUAGGCCUAUUGUACUUUUAAAACUCACCUCACUGUGAUGAUCAAUUUGAAGAAAACAGGUUGAAACAGUGUAAAACAUGGUUGUUGUGGAUGUUGUUUCAAAGCCUAACACAACAAAAUGGACAGCGCUUUCUAAGGUGAUGAUUAUUUCAAAACACCUGUAUGCAUAUUAGAGCUUAUUAGGCUUAUGAGCCCAAGCCUGAAAGAAAAGCCUGAAUUAAAAUGAUGAUUGUGCUGUUAUACCAUUCAUAGCCUACUGCAUAUUACUCAUGGCAGAAACACAUAAAACCAAACUGAUUUAAGAUGUCUUUGGUACAUAAUUGGUCAGUUGAAUCUAUACUCCAAAAUUACACAAAUUCGAGUAAUCGCCUUUGAGUGUGGACUGUAUUAUUAUGCACACAGGAUGGACUUGGUUACCUUAUGCUACACUCCAAAAUGUCUAUCCAUGAGUUGGGGAGAGAACAUAUAUAUAUUCAUUGUGCAGGGCGGCUUGCAGUUAGCCAACAAUUAGUGAAUUUGUAUUUGAUUUUGAAUAGCCUAGUAAUAGGGAAUUAAUUGGGUGACACAUUACCUUUAGCUAUACAGGAUAUCUCACCACCAUGCGUUUCCAUCUCCUCCUCUCUCUCCUUUAUUACUUUCUCGAGCAUGCAGACGGGCUGUCAACAGUUUAGUAAAAUAUGUUUAGUUGCGAAAACAUGUUACUAUCGAUGUUCCUGAACAGGUUCCACUUGGUUUCCCAAAUGAAGCACUGGGUAGCUGCAGGAACAAGGUUGGAGAGUCCAUGGCAUACAGAGUUUGGGAGGAAUAUCACUUGUCGUGCAGUGAGAGCAUGCUGCUCAAACAGUGGUUAAUGCUUGGAGUGAAAUACACACUAUACAGUGAGGGAAAAAAGUAUUUGAUCCCCUGCUGAUUUUGUACGUUUGCCCACUGACAAAGACAUGAUCAGUCUAUAAUUUUUAAUGGUAGGUUUAUUUGAACAGUGAGAGACAGAAUAACAAAAAAAAAAUCCAGAAAAACGCAUGUCAAAAAUGUUAUAAAUUGAUUUGCAUUUUAAUGAGGGAAAUAAGUAUUUGACCCCUCUGCAAAACAUGACUUAGUACUUGGUGGCAAAACCCUUGUUGUCAAUCACAGAGGUCAGAUGUUUCUUGUAGUUGGCCACCAGGUUUGCACACAUCUCAGGAGGGAUUUUGUCCCACUCCUCUUUGCAGAUCUUCUCCAAGUCAUUAAGGUUUCAAGGCUGACGUUUGGCAACUCGAACCUUCAGCUCCCUCCACAGAUUUUCUAUGGGAUUAAGGUCUGGAGACUGGCUAGGCCACUCCAGGACCUUAAUGUGCUUCUUCUUGAGCCACUCCUUUGUUGCCUUGGCCGUGUGUUUUGGGUCAUUGUCAUGCUGGAAUACCCAUCCACGACCCAUUUUCAAUGCCCUGGCUGAGGGAAGGACGUUCUCACCCAAGAUUUGACGGUACAUGGCCCCGUCCAUCGUCCCUUUGAUGCGGUGAAGUUGUCCUGUCCCCUUAGCAGAAAAACACCCCCAAAGCAUAAUGUUUCCACCUCCAUGUUUGACGGUGGGGAUGGUGUUCUUGGGGUCAUAGGCAGCAUAGGCAGCAUUCCUCUUCCUCCAAACACGGCGAGUUCAGUUGAGGCCAAAGACCUCGAUUUUGGUCUCAUCUGACCACAACAAUUUCACCCAGUUCUCCUCUGAAUCAUUCAGAUGUUCAUUGGCGAACUUCAGAUAGGCCUGUAUAUGUGCUUUCUUGAGCAGGGGGACCUUGUGGGCGCUGCAGGAUUUCAGUCCUUCACGGCGUAGUGUGUUACCAAUUGUUUUCUUGGUGACUAUGGUCCCAGCUGCCUUGAGAUCAUUGACAAGAUCCUCCCGUGUAGUUCUGGGCUGAUUCCUCACCGUUCUCAUGAUCAUUGCAACUCCACAAGGUGAGAUCUUGCAUGGAGCCCCAGGCCGAGGGAGAUUGACUGUUAUUUUGUGUUUCUUCCAUUUGCGAAUAAUCGCACCAACUGUUGUCACCUUCUCACCAAGCUGCUUGGCGAUGGUCUUGUAGCCCAUUCCAGCCUUGUGUAGGUCUACAAUCUUGUCCCUGACAUCCUUGGAGAGCUCUUUAGUUUUGGCCAUGGUGGAGAGUUUGGAAUCUGAUUGAUUGAUUGCUUUUAUGGACAGGUGUUUUUUAUGCAGGUAACAAACUGAGAUUAGUAGCACUCCCUUUAAGAGUGUGCUCCUAAUCUCAGCUCGUUACCUGUAUAAAAGACACCUGGGAGUCAGAAAUCUUUCUGAUUGAGAGGGGGUCAAAUACUUAUUUCCCUCAUUAAAAUGCAAAUCAAUUUAUAACAUUUUUUACAUGCGUUUUUCUGGAUUUUUUUGUUGUUAUUCUGUCUCUCACUGUUCAAAUAAACCUACCAUUAGAAUUAUAGACUGAUAAUUUCUUUGUCAGUGGGCAAACGUACAAAAUCAGCAGGGGAUCAAAUACUUUUUCCCCUCACUGUAUAUGCAAAAGUAUGUGGAUACCCCUUCAAAUGAGUGGAUUCGGCUAUUUCAGCCACACCCAUUGCUGACAGGUGUAUAAAAUCGAGAACACAGCCAUGCAAUCUCCACAGCUGCCAAUGACUGGAACGAACUGCAAAAAUCUCUGAAGCUGGAGACUCUUAUCUCCCUCACUAACUUUAAGCGUCAGUUGUCAGAGCCGAUCACUGCACCUGUACACAGCCAUUCUGAAAUUAGCCCACCAAACUACCUCAUCCCCAUAUUGUUAUUUAUUUUGCUAAUUUGCACCCCAGUAUCUCUAUUUGCACCUCAUCUUUUGCACAUCUAUCAUUCCAGUGUUAAUACGAAAUUGUAACUAUUUUGCACUAUGGCGUAUUUAUUUCCUUACCUCCAUCUUACUACAUUCGCACACACUGUAUAUAUAUUUUCUGUUGUAUUUAUGACUUUAUGUUUUGUUUACCCCAUAUGUAACUGUGUUGUUGUUUUUAUCGCACUGCUUUGCUUUAUCUUGGCCAGGUCGCAGUUGUAAAUGAGAACUUGUUCUCAACUGGCUUACCUGGUUAAAUAAAGGUGAAAUAAAAAAAUAGACAAACAUUGGCAGUAGAAUGGCCUUACUGAAGAGCUCAGUGACUUUCAACGUGGCACCGUCAUAGGAUGCCACCUUUCCAACAAGUCAGUUUGUCAAAUUUCUGCCCUGCUAGAGCUGCCCCGGUCAACUGUAAGUGCUGUUAUUGUGAAGUGGAAACGUCUAGGAGCAACAACGGCUCAGCCGCGAAAUUGUAGGCAACACAGAACAGGACCCGCCGAGUGCUGAAGCGUGUAAAAGUCAUCUGUCCUCGGUUGAACACUCACUAUCGAGUUCCAAACUGUCUCUGGAAGCAACGUCAGCACAAUAACUGUUAGUCGGGAGCUUCAUGAAAUGGGUUUCCAUGGCCGAGCAGCUGCACACAAGCCUAAGAUCACCAUGCGCAAUGCCAAGCGUCAUCUGGAGUGGUGUAAAGCUCGCCGCCAUUGGACUCUGGAGCAGUGGAAACGCGUUCUCUGGAGUGAUGAAUCACGCUUCACCAUCUGGCAGUCCGAUAGACAAAUCUGGGUUUGGCGGAUGCCAGAAGAACGCUACGUGCCCGAAUGCAUAAUGCCAACUGUAAAGUUUGGUGGAGGAGGAAUAAUGGUCUGGGGCUGUUUUUCAUGGUUCGGGCUAGGCCCCUUAGCUCCAGUGAAGGGAAAUAUUAAAGCUACAGCAUUCAAUGACAUUCUUGAUGGUUCUGUGCUUCCAAAUGUGUGGUAACAGUUUGGGGAAGGCCCUUUCCUGUUUCAUCAUGACAAUGCCCCCGUGCAUAAAGCGAGGUCCAUACAGAAAUGGUUUGUCGAGAUCGGUGUGGAAGACCUUAACUGGCCUGCACAGAGCCCUGACCUCAACCCCAUCGAACACCUUUUGGAUGAAUUGGAAUGCCGACUGCGAGCCAGGCCUAAUCGCCCAACAUCAGUGCCCGACCUCACUAAUGCUCUUGUGGCUAAAUGGAAGCAAGUCCCCGCAGCAAUGUUCCAACAUCUAGUGGAAAGCCUUCCCAGAAGAGUGGAGGCUGCUAUAGCAGCAAAGGGGGGACCAACUCCAUAUUAAUGCCCAUGAUUUUGGAAUGAGAUGUUUGAUGACGACUACAUACCUUUGGUUAUGUAGUGUAAGUGUUCUUAUAUUUAUUUCUCAGCUGCUCAUAUUAAGCACAUGCCUCCGCUAUAAAACCGAAGUAGCCUACAAAACGGACCUGCGGGAAACCGCGCGGCCUCCAUUCGCUAUUCUAGUGCAUACAGAUGACAUGUCUUUUUUCCCCUGUCAUUGUUCCUACCCAUUUGAUAAUGGGCCAUUCUAAAUCUAAACUAAUUUGACAUAUUAGUAAAGACCAGACUAAAUUGAGAAUAGUCUGAUGGGUGAAAAUAUGAUCACUUAAUGAGAGAACAGCUGUGCAGCCUGAGGCAAGGAACAGAGCGCAAGCUUCUUUUGCUACUUUCUCAAGUCAUUAAUAGCCUAUAAUAGUCACACCAUGCAGCCCAUAUACAGUGGGGGAAAAAAGUAUUUAGUCAGCCACCAAUUGUGCAAGUUCUCCCACUUAAAAAGAUGAGAGAGGCCUGUAAUUUUCAUCAUAGGUACACGUCAACUAUGACAGACAAAAUGAGAAAAAAAAAUAAAUAAAUUGUUGGAUUUUUAAUGAAUUUAUUUGCAAAUUAUGGUGGAAAAUAAGUAUUUGGUCAAUAACAAAAGUUUCUCAAUACUUUGUUAUAUACCCUUUGUUGGCAAUGACACAGGUCAAACGUUUUCUGUAAGUCUUCACAAGGUUUUCACACACUGUUGCUGGUAUUUUGGCCCAUUCCUCCAUGCAGAUCUCCUCUAGAGCAGUGAUGUUUUGGGGCUGAUGCUGGGCAACACAGACUUUCAACUCCCUCCAAAGAUUUUCUAUGGGGUUGAGAUCUGGAGACUGGCUAGGCCACUCCAGGACCUUGAAAUGCUUCUUACGAAGCCACUCCUUCGUUGCCCGGGCGGUGUGUUUGGGAUCAUUGUCAUGCUGAAAGACCCAGCCACGUUUCAUCUUCAAUGCCCUUGCUGAUGGAAGGAGGUUUUCACUCAAAAUCUCAUGAUACAUGGCCCCAUUCAUUCUUUCCUUUACACGGAUCAGUCGUCCUGGUCCCUUUGCAGAAAAACAGCCCCAAAGCAUGAUGUUUCCACCCCCAUGCUUCACAGUAGGUAUGGUGUUCUUUGGAUGCAACUCAGCAUUCUUUGUCCUCCAAACACGACGAGUUGAGUUUUUACCAAAAAGUUAUAUUUUGGUUUCAUCUGACCAUAUGACAUUCUCCCAAUCCUCUUCUGGAUCAUCCAAAUGCACUCUAGCAAACUUCAGACGGGCCUGGACAUGUACUGGCUUAAACAGGGGGACACGUCUGGCACUGCAGGAUUUGAGUCCCUGGCGGCAUAGUGUGUUACUGAUGGUAGGCUUUGUUACUUUGGUCCCAGCUCUCUGCAGGUCAUUCACUAGGUCCCCCCGUGUGGUUCUGGGAUUUUUUCUCACCGUUCUUGUGAUCAUUUUGACCCCACGGGGUGAGAUCUUGCGUGGAGCCCCAGAUUGAGGGAGAUUAUCAGUGGUCUUGUAUGUCUUCCAUUUCCUAAUAAUUGCUCCCACAGUUGAUUUCUUCAAACCAAGCUGCUUACCUAUUGCAGAUUCAGUCUUCCCAGCCUGGUGCAGGUCUACAAUUUUGUUUCUGGUGUCCUUUGACAGCUCUUUGGUCUUGGCCAUAGUGGAGUUUGGAGUGUGACUGUUUGAGGUUGUGGACAGGUGUAUUUUAUACUGAUAACAAGUUCAAACAGGUGCCAUUAAUACAGGUAACGAGUGGAGGACAGAGGAGCCUCUUAAAGAAGAAGUUACAGGUCUGUGAGAGCCAGAAAUCUUGCUUGUUUGUAGGUGACCAAAUACUUAUUUUCCACCAUAAUUUGCAAAUAAAUUCAUUAAAAAUCCUACAAUGUGAUUUUCUGGAUUUUUUUCUCUCGAUUUGUCUGUCAUAGUUGACGUGUACCUAUGAUGAAAAUUACAGGCCUCUCUCAUCUUUUUAAGUGGGAGAACUUGCACAAUUGGUGGCUGACUAAAUACUUUUUUUCCCCACUGUAUGUUUUGAUUUUGAAGACAGUCUAAGGUUUGUAUCAUUCACAACUAAAGUUGCCAAUUAACUCUAAAUCUACCAUAUAAGACCUGUUUCAAAUGAUCACUUUUACGCUCAACAUAGCCACUUCAUAUGCGCACUCGCUCCAUAAUGGGAAAAAUAUCCUUUCUAUUUUAUUCAGCUAAGUUCAAUUAUAUUCUUCUUACUAUAAAAUCAUAUAAUAUAAAUAAUGGCAUGGGACUUAUAAGCAUAUCUUGUCUGCUAAAUGAACAAGCCUACAGCCUAUGCCAUGGAGCAGAACCACGUAACAUAGGCCUACAUUAGGCCAACUCAUAUUCUGUUCUUCAGAAAACCAUUUUUUUCAUAUCAUAAUGUUUCUUUAGACCUGACAAAAAUAAAUAAUGGAUGUAUUGUGAUGGUGUAUAUUAAAUGUAGAUGCUCCAAAGGCGCGCAUCAGCGGCUUGUAUGCGUGGAGGCCUGGAGAUGCUAAACAUGUUUAUGUUAAUUAACGGUCAAUUACAGUGAGACCGGCAGACUUUUGCAUGACAAUAACCGGCUCACAAAAUGUCAUGACCGCCACAGCCAUACCCCUAUCCCGUCUUCAGUCAGCUGUUCAUUUAGACAUAUACAGUGCAUUCGGGAAGUAUUCAGACCCCUUGACCUUUUCCACAUUUUGUUAUGUUACAGCGUUAUUCUAAAAUUGUUUUUUUCCCCUCAUCAAUCUACACACAAUACCCCAUAAUGACGAAGCAAAAACUGGUUUUUAUACAUUUUUGCAAAUGUAUUAAAAAUUAAAAAACUGAAAUGUCACAUUUACAUAAGUAUUCAGACCCUUUACUCAGAACUUUGUUGAAACACCAUUUGCAGCGAUUACAGCCUCGAGUCAUCUUGGGUAUGACGCUACAAGCUUGGCACACCUGUAUUUGGGGAGUUUCUCCCAUUCUUCUCUGCAGAUCCUCUCCAGUGCUGUCAGGUUGGAUGGGGAGCAUCGCUGCACAGCUAUUUUCAGGUCUCUCCAGAGAUGUUCGAUCGGGUUCAAGUCGGGGCUCUGGCUGGGCCACUCAAGGACAUUGAGAGACUUGUCCCGAAGUCGCUCCUGCGUUGUCUUGGCUGUGUGCUUAGGGUCGUUGUCCUGUUGGAAGGUGAACCUUCACCCUAGUCUGAGGUCCUGAGCGCUCUGGAGCAGGUUGUCAUCAAGGAUCUCUCUGUACUUUGCUCAGUUCAUCUUUCCCUCGAUCCUGCCUAGUCUCUCAGUCCCUGUCGCUGAAAAACAUCCUCAAAGCAUGAUGCUGCCACCAUCAUGCUUCACCGUAGGGAUGGUGCCAAGUUUCCUCCAGACGUGACGCUUGGCAUUCAGGCAAAAGAGUUCAAUCUUGGUUUCAUCAGACUAGAGAAUCUUGUUUCUCAUGGUCUGAGAGUCCUUUAGGUGCCUUUUGGCAACCUCCAAGCAGGCUGUCGUGCCUUUUUACUGAGGAGUGGCUUCCGUCUGGCCACUCUACCAUAAAGGCCUGAUUGGUGGAGUGCUGCAGAGAUGGUUGUCCUUCUUGAAGGUUCUCUCAUCUCCACAGAGGAACUCUGGAGCUCUGUCAGAGUGACCAUCAGAUUCUUGGUUACCUCCCUGACCAAGGCCCUUCUCCCCCGAUUGCUCAGUUUGGUCGGGCUGCCAGCUCUAGGAAGAGUCUUGGUGGUUCCAAACUUCUUCCAUUUAAGGAUGAUGGAGGCCACUGCGUUCUUGGGGACCUUCAAUGCUUCAGAAAUGUUUUAGUACCCUUCCCCAGAUCUGUGCCUCGACACAAUCCUGUUUUUCUUAAUUUUUACUAUUUUUUACAUUGUAGAAUAAUAGUGAAGACAUCAAAACUAUGAAAUAACACAUAUGGAAUCAUGUAGUAACCAAAAAAGUGUUAAACAAAUCAAAAUAUAUUUUAUAUUUGAGAUUCUUCAGAUAGCCACCCUUUGACUUGAUGACAGCUUUGCGCACUCUUGGCAUUCUCUUAACCAGCUUCAUGAGGUAGUCACCUAGAAUGCAUUUCAAUUAACAGGUGUGCCUUCUUAGAAGUCAAUUUGUGGAAUUUCUUUCCUUCUUAAUGCGUUUAAGACAAUCAGUUGUGUUGUGACAAGGUAGCGGGGGUAUACAGAAGAUAGCCCUAUUUGGUAAAAGACCAAGUCCAUAUUAUGGCAAUAACAGCUCAAAUAAGCAAAGCGAAACGACAGUCCAUCAUUACUUGAAGACAUGAAGGUCAGUCAAUCCGGAACAUUUCAAGAAGUUUCUUCAAGUGCAGUCGCAACAACCAUCAAGCGCUAUGAUGAAACUGGCUCUCAUGAGGACCGCCACAGGAAUGGAAGACACAGAGUUACCUCUGCUGCAGAGGAUAAGUUCAUUAGAGUUACCAGUCUCAGAAAUUGGAGCCCAAAUAAAUGCUUCACAGAGUUCAGAGGGGACUGUGUGAAUCAGGCCUUCAUGGGCGAAUUGCUGCAAAGAAACCACUACUAAAGGACACCAAUAAGAAGAAGAGACCUGCUUGGGCCAAGAAACACGAGCAAUGGACAUUAGACCGGUGAAAAUGUGUCCUUUGGUCUGAUGAGUCCAAAUUGGAGAUUUUUGGUUCAAACCGCCGUGUCUUUGUGAGACGCGGUGUGGGUGAACGGAUGAUCUCCGCAUGUGUAGUUCCCACCGUAAAGCAUGGAGGAGGAGGUGUUAUGGUGUGGGGGUGAUUUGAUGGUGACACUGUCUGUGAUUUAUUUAGAAUUAGAGGCACACUUAACCAGCAUGGCUACCACAGCAUUCUGCAGCGAUAUGCCAUCCCAUCUGGUUUGGGCUUAGUGGGACUAUCAUUUGUUUUUCAACAGGACAGUGACCCAACCCACCUCCAGGCUGUGUAAGGGCUAUUUUUCCAAGAAGGAGGGUGAUGGAUUGCUGCAUCAGAUGACCUGUCCUCCACAAUCCCCCGACCUCAACCCAAUUGAGAUGGUUUGGGAUGAGUCGGAUGGCAGAGUGAAGGAAAAGCAGCCAACAAGUGCCCAACAUAUGUGGGAACUCCUUCAAGACUGUUGGAAAAGCAUUCCAGGUGAAGCUGGUUAAGAGAAUGCCAAGAGUGUGCAAAGCUGUCAUCAAGGCAAAGGGUGGCUAUUUGAAGAAUCUCAAAUAUAAAAUACAUUUUGAUUUGUUUAACACUUUUUUGUUUACUACAUGAUUCCAUAUGUGUUAUUUCAUAGUUUUGAUGUCUUCACUAUUAUUCUACAAUGUAAAACAUAAUCAAAAUAAAGAAAAACCCUUGAAUGAGUAGGUGUGUCCAAACUUUUGACUGGUACCGCGGUGACUGGUCAUCAUAUAUGGUUAUGACGUUUCUUUUUAUAAACAUCAUGCUAAUAGAUUUACUUCUAUUUUAAGAGGCUUUGAAGUGGUAAUGAACCUGGAAUAAUCUGCAUUUCUCAAGUGUAAACAUUGGAUUAGUAUAGCCUACACUGUUUGAUGCCUUGUAUCCGGUGAAGGUAUUAAACGGAUUCAGUCUCUAGCCUCCCCAAGUUCCCAUCACAAUGAGCAGUCAACAACAGUAGCUGUGCAGCCCACUGAGCCCAGCCCAGCAUCAUCACUCCACUACUCCUGGCCCGCUAUCAAACCCCUGUCUUUAUUUCCUGGCUCACCUCUCACUUUUAUUACCAUUCCCCCAUCAAGAGACUGUCAGAGAGCUCAUUGUCAUGGAAAUCCACGAGAAGCAGAAGAGAUGUCGGUUACGUGCCAAAUGGCACCCUUUUCCCUAUACUGUGCACUACUUUCGACCAGGGCGCAUAGGACUCUGGUCAAAUCUAGUGCACUAUGUAGGGAAUAGGGUGCCAUUUGGGAUACAACAGUCAGGUCAGCAGGCAGGUGCUUGCUGUUCUCCCAAGGUGGUAUUUCAAACAGGAGAGAGACGAUUAUGGUAAUGUGUUGGUGGUGGGAAUCUCAAUGUCAUCGUAAGACAGUCACAUGGAACGGAAUGGAAUAAAUCACUGCUGCAGUUCCCCGGCCAGUGUGAUGACUCUUGAAAUCGAUUAUGGAUGCCAUCUCAUGUGAGGGGCGAGAUGGAGACCCAAAGGCCAUACUAAUGAGUGUACAAAACAUUAAGAACACUUUCCUAAUAUUGAGUUGCACCCCCCACUUUUGGCUUCAGAAUAGACUCAAUUCGUCGGGGCAUGUCCUCUACAAGGUGUCGAAAGCAUUCCACAGGGAUGCUGGCCCAUGUUGACUCCAAUGCUUCCCACAGUUAUAUCAAGUUGGCUGGAUGUCCUUUGGGUGGUGGACAAUUCUUGAUACACACGGGAAACUGUUGAGCGUGAAAAACCCAGCAGCGUUGCAGUUCUUGACACAAACCGGGCCCCUGGCACCUAUUACCAAACCCUGUUCAAAGGCAUUUCAAUCUUUUGUCUUUCCCAUUCACCCUCUGAAUGGCACACAUACACAAUCCAUCUCAAUUGUCUCAAGGCUUAAAAAUCCUUCUUUAACCUGUCUUAGGCCCUUCAUCUACACUGAUUGAAGUGGAUUUAACAAGUGACAUCAAUAAGUGAUCAUAGCUUUCACAUGGAUUCACCUGGUAAGUCCAUGUCAUGGAAAGAGCAUGUUUUGUAUGUGUGUACUGUCUGUUUACAGGUAGACUAGCUGUGUGUGGUUAACAAGUGUUUACCAAGAUGCAUGUCACCUGUGCUGUGACCGAUAUUAUCUUUUUUUCCCAUUUUAAUUUACUCUUGUAAGACUGAUGUUAGGCUUUAAUUAUUUUUUAGCUAGGCCUAGUUUAGAUUUAAAACUCAGUUUCACAUUCACAGCUUCGUGUUGGCAGUCCUAAGACACACUCACACACUGAUUGCCAGAGCUGACAAUCUAAUUUGUCUCUCAGACAGCAUUCUCAUUCACAUUUUAGUGGACACUCUGAUCCAGAGCGACUUACAGGAGCUAUUAGGGUUAAGUGCAUUGCUCAAGGGCACAUCAACAGAUUGUUCACCUAGUCGGCUCUUGGAUUCGAACUAGCGACCUUUUAGUUACUGCGUAGUAAACUAUAAAAACGGAUUGGCAUAUCAGAUUUAACAAGUGAAAUAUUGAAAUACCGUUAUAGGAGGUAAAGUAAAAACCCAAACCAGUCCCUGCAUCAAUACCAGUAUUUAGUAAAAUACGGUAUAGAGCCCAGCCCUAAUAGGCUUAGGUCUAUUGUAUUAAGAAUUUCUGAAAUAGCCUGUCUGUAUUUACGGACAAGUGCAAGCACAGACAAGUGCUGCUCUGAUGGUUUCUAAGCCAUAACUGAGCGGUCCAGUGGACAGCACUCCUGGUUUUACAGAAAUAAAAGCCAGAAACACUAGAGAAUUCUACUUGCAGCAACAUCACUUUUUCCCUCUUUUAGCCACACAACAUGUCACCGUGACCAACUUAAUCCAGCCAAACUCCUCAGUAUAGCAGACCUAAGCCAGCAGAGUUCUGGUUCACCCUGUGGUAUUUUUGCAUCCGUUAUGGAGGCUCAGGCAUGUCAAAAAUAGCCUCCUCUUCCAGUCACAAUACCUCAUGUGAGGCUGAAAUAGAUUGAGAGACUUGUCGGGGGGCCACAGGAAACAGAGGGGAAUGGUGUGAAACAUCACUAAUGAGUGCUAAGAGGCUUUGUAUUGGAUGAAACAGAGUGAUGAUCUCUUAUUAGGUUUGAAUUGGAUUCUGGUCACAUAUCAAGUGUAAUUAUUAGACUAGGCCUGUUGUGUGUUGUCGUGGUUCUGCCCUGCUUUUCAGGGCUGAGUGUCUAGCGCUGAUAAAAAAAGCACAGUUUUUAAUUGGACUUUGGGAUCAAGAGGCAGUGUUGUUGCUACAAGGCGUGAAAUAUGAAUACAUUUUGAAAGGGUGUAAAUGGUCCUCUAGUCAUGUGCUCUGAUGUGUUGCCAUGAUCAUGACUAUUACGCUAUUUCAUUUCAUUGGGCUCAUAGUAUUGCUUUAUUUAUGGCGUUUCAGUGUAACCCUAGCCUACCUGUCACGACUUCCUCCGAAGCUGCCUCCUCUCCUUGUUCGGGCAGGCUUCGGCAUUCGUCGUCACCGGCCUUCUAGCCACUGCCGCUCCUCUUCUCAUCAUUCCAUUUGUUUUGUCUUGUUUUUCACACACACCUGGUUCAUAUCCCCUCAUCAGUCCCUGUAUAAGUAUUCCCUCUGCCCCCCAUGUCUUUGUGUGUGAUUGUUUCCAUGUGGAGGUGUCGAUAGCUCGGUGGAGCAUUAUGUACUUUAUCGCCGGGAUAUUCACCCAUGUGUUUUGUUUUCCCCAGUGUGCUGUUAAGUCGCACGGUAGUUGUUUUACGCAUUGCUGCGAACCGCUGUAUUGGCCGAAUAAACCAUUAUUCUGUGAUUUACACCUCCUGCGCCUGACUCGUCCAAAUCACCCGCUACAGAAUCACACACCCAACAGCAUGGAGUCUUUGAGCGGGUCCAGGAGCAUUCCAACAUGUUAGCCAGCUUGGGCGAAGUGAUGGAUCGGGUUCUCCAGGUCGUCCAGCGCCAGGACAGGAGAGGAACCGACCCUGCGGAACCAGCUGAGCGACCGGAUCCAGCCACCCACACCCCAGCACCCAGAUGUAUUCACCUGUAUCGACAGAGGGAAUACGACGGGACAGCGGCCCGCUGCCAGGGUUUCCUCCUGCAGCUGGACUUCUAUUUCACCACCAUCAACCCUGCUCCAUCGGAUCGGGAGAAGGUGCUGCCCUCGUCUCCUGCCUCUCGGGGAAAGCCCUGGAGUGGGCCAACGCUGUCUGGAGUGAAGGAGGAGACGCGUUGGACAACUACGGAGAGUUCGCUCGCCUCUUCCGGGCAGUCUUCGAUCAUCCCCCCGAAGGAAGAGAGGCGGGCGAGCGUCUGGUCCAUCUGAGGCAGGGGACGAGGACCGUGUAAGACUUUGCUCUGGAGUUUAGAACUCUUGCGGCUGGGUCCGGGUGGAACGACCACUUUCGAUGCAGCCUGCCUGAGGACGUCCGAAGAGGGCUAGCCUGCCGGGAUACCAUGUUGACCUUCAACCAACUGGUGGACAUGGCCAUCCGGUUGGAUAACCUGCUGGCUUCGAGAGGACGUCCUGGAAGGGGCCUACCCGUUUCACCCCCCUUCAACCCGGAUCACGUUCUGAUGGAGCUGGGUGGUGCAGCGUUCCAGGAGAAUGGAGGAUGACAGAUCCAGUGUCACUCUUGUGGAAAGAGGGGACAUUCUGCUGCACGAUGUCGUCAGAGUUCUUCUGAUUCUGGAGGCGGUAGGCAGGGCACUCUCACGUCACCUCAGGUAGCACAAACCCACACUCGUUCAGAGCCCUCUGCUGCGCAUUUCACCAUCCAUGUCAACUUCCCUGAUUACACGGUAGUUCCCCAGUGUAAGGCGCUGGUAGAUUCAGGCGCAGCUGGGAACUUUAUGGACAGGUCGUUUGCUCUUAGCCUACGUAUUACAUUGGUUCCCCUGUCUACUUCCACCGUGCGUAUUCUCCCCGAAUACCUCGAUUUGGCGCACGUGUUUUCCAAAACGCAGGCAACCAAAUUACCACCCCAUUGGGCGGGGGAUUGCGCAAUAAACCUCCGGUUAGACGCUGUGCCUCCAAGGAGUCAUGUAUAUCCCCUGUCGCAGGCUGAAACAGAGGCUAUGGAGACAUACGUCUCCGAGUCCCUGCAUCAGGAGUUCAUACGUCCCUCCACUUCACCCGCCUCCUCAAGUUUAUUUUUUAUGAAGAAGAAAGACGGGGGUCUGCGUCCUUGCAUUGAUUACCGUGCACUUAAUCAAACAACCAUUCGCUAUAGUUACCCUGUAUCCCUCAUUUCCUCUGUUAUCGAAUCAGUGCAUGUGGCGCGCUUCUUCACAAAAUUAGAUCUCCGGAGUGAGUACAACCUGGUGCGUGUCCGGGAAGGGGACGAAUGGAAGACGGCAUUCAGCACAACCACGGGGCAUUAUGAAUACCUGGUGAUGCCGUAUGGGUUGAUGAAUGCUCCAUCAGUCUUCCAGAACGAGGUGUUUCGGGACAUGCUUGGUCGCGGUGUGGUGGUCUACAUUGAUGACAUCCUGGUGUAUUCAGCUACGCGCGCCGAGCACGUGUCCCUGGUUCGCAGAGUGCUUGGCUCUUCAGGGUUAUUUUUGGUCUCUUUGUUGCCUCUCUGAUUAAUGCCCUCCUUGCCUGGUCCGUGAGUUUUUGUGGGCGGCCCUCUCUUGGCAGGUUUGUUGUGGUGCCAUAUUCUUUCCAUUUUUUAAUAAUGGAUUUAAUGGUGCUCCGUGGGAUGUUCAAAGUUUCAGAUAUUUUUUUAUAACCCAACUCUGAUCUGUACUUCUCCACAACUUUUUUAAAGGACCAAAGAGUUUGGUCUGCUUCGUGUUUACAUUUUUGCCAUGGAAAAAAUAUUGCUGAUAUCCUCACAGCCCUACACUGGGAGUCGUUGUCCCAAAGGUGGGAAGGCAGGCGACAAGCUUAGGUCCAAAAUAAGGCAGAACCUCUCCUGUUCUACUACACUGCCAGCCAGGCAGAACCUCCCCUGUUUAUAGCCGAUUUAUGGUCAAUCCGAUGUCUGUAUUGCUUGUACAGCGUUUACUGCGAUAUGGCCUCUGCAAAAGUCAGAGCAUUCAUAAUUAUUGCGCUUCGCGGAGCAGAGCAGUUGUGAAGGAAGUUGUCAAGGAAGUGAGUUUGUUUUUAUACAGGACGUACCGCCCCCACCUACCAACAACCAAUCAUGUCAAUGCGGCGCUAUAUGGAGCAAUACGUAGCCCUCCACAUUGUUACAACAUUUGGGAGGCGUACAGCGAUGCGGUAUGGAGCUUGAUUUGGCCUCCGCAAGCCUACAGAAGCUCUGCAAUUGCAUCACACCCUCCGUACGGAGCCUCUAGACUGCAUUUCCGGAUCAAGCAUAAAUCGGCUUUUACCUGCACAGCCAGCCAGGCAGAACCUCCCCUGUUCCACUGCACUGCCAGCCAGCCAGCCAGGCAGAACCUCCCCAGUUCCACUGGACUGCCAGCCAGCUAGGCCAGACAGAGUGCAGCUUGCAUUAUUGAAGCCCCAACAUCCAUCAUGAUGGGUGUAACUCCCACAGUUCAAAGUCAGACUGCUGACUGUGCUGGUUAAAGGUAGACUCAGAAAUGCAUGUAGUAAACUGCAAUAUCGGGUCGAAUUCAGCAGCUAAGACCAUUUGAGCAUGAGGCUCACUCCACUGCUUUGGUCCUGUAGCUAUCACGUUGUAGCAGCGUGAAGCGCACCCUUGCACAUGCGCAGAUACUCUGUGUGCCUGUGUGAGAGCAAAGUGUUGCGUCACGCUCAUCUGAAUAUCUGCAUUGCUGCUUGUACCAACAUAUCGCUGAGUCUCAGUUUAAUAUUACAUUAUUUUAAAGCCAAUCUAGGGACUGAUGUGUGUAACUCUCCAAAGUUCAAAGCCAGUUACUGAGCAUUGCUGACAGUGCUAGUUAAUAUUAUAUUAUUUCAAAGUCCAUCUAUGGACUGAUGUUGCAAAUUUGGGCAAGCUUAAAGGACUUUUUUAUUUUUUUUUUUACAAAAUCUCUAAUUUAAUGAAAGGACGCACAUGCCUGCACACUAAAAAGUGUUGCUUGAGUCCAACAAAAUAUAAUAUAUCAUUGCAGAUAAUGUUUGGAAUGACACCAUUUCAUGUGUACAACAUCUAAAGACCUGCAUCACUAUACUGGAAGCUUUGCCGUUUCUAAAGGGGACGUAUUUGGGUGUUUUUGGAGCUUUGUUCAUGUUUUCUGGGUGCCCACAUACUACCGAAUGAGCCUGAGGAGGUCUAUCGCUGGUGGGGUAAGUUUCUCAAAACCAAGUUAAAUCACUAAAAAGUGUCUGAACACUUCUAUAGCAUACCAUUUACGUCCCAAAAUAGAGAUUUGGUUAAAGAAAUGUACUUGCCCUUUAAACAUGAUGCUGCAAUGUCCUGACUAAUGAUAGGCCUAAUUCAAUGUGUCAAUGUUUGAAACUGUCCCUUAACAAAUACACUUUAUUAUUAAAUUGCCCCAUUUCUGGGAUGCCAUUUUGCAUCCCUGUAUCAGUACAUUUAUGCUAAAUGAUACAUCUACAUACUUACUGGUGCCAAACUGUGGUUUAUGUUACCUUAUGCUAAUACUGUACCAGUACUGGUCCAUGAAGAAUAAUUAAAUUAGAUAUAGGCCUAUAACCCUAGUGUAGGGGUAUUCAAAUCUUACCCUACAAGUUCCGUAGCCUGCUGAUUUUCUGUUCUACCUGAUAAUUAAUGAAUUAAUUACACCCAUCUAGUAUCCCAGGUCUAAAUCAGUCCCUGAUUAGAGGGAUAAUUAAAAAAGCAGUGGAACUGGCUUCGAGGUCCAGAUUUUAAUUUGAGGGCCCUAGUGUAUCUCCCAACAAAGACUGGAACAUCCUUGUAAUAAAGUACCAUUACCUUUCCUCCAGAGGAAGGAAAAUAUUCAUCCUAUCUGAUAAGCUACAUUUCCCCUAUCCUCAUAGGACCAUCCUAAUCUCACAAGCGUACAGUAUUCUGUUUUGCUACACGGUUUCAGUUAAGUGAAAUGAAAUGAGAGCACAGUGUUUAGGAUGGUGGAUCAGGCUAACAUUUCCUAGCCCAGGUGCAGGAAUACUGUCAAAUAUGCCUAUUCCCGGAGACGAUACAUAAUAAUAGCCUGAUAUUCCUGAAUCCUGAAAUCAAAUCAAACACACUGAAAUGGUGUGUGUGUCAAAGCAGCUUGUUCUCUGCGAAGGCAACACAAGCUGCUGUUACACAUGUUGUUGAAUAUCAGACAAACACACAUCUUGUUGGUGAUUUCGGUGGUAAACCUAGACUAAUGGCUGGAUGUGCUGUUAUGCCACUCUGGCGGUCUUAUAAAGUCAUUUUUACACGCCUCUGGCUCAGUCUCGGUUUCAACUGUCAGUUUAUUGGUCCAUUAAAGGUCCAUCUCUGUCUCUCAGGGUCUGGAUGAGGAGGCCAUCGUUGACCUUGGGAAGACCAGCUCCACCACCCACACCAACUAUGGGACGGAAGAGCUGGAGAGUAAGUCCCUACAGUACAGCCCUACCCACUUACUAUUCCUGUGUGCAUAGUGAAUGUGUUGGAGUGGUGUAGCAGUCAGGUUUGAGGUCAUUUCCACUUCCAAUUUACUUCCUGAAUUAACUGAAUUGAUAUUGAAUUGACUCCAACCCUGGUAUCAGUCAGUGUGUGUGUGUGUGUGUGUGUGUGUGUGUGUGUGUGUGUGUGUGUGUGUGUGUGUGUAUAGCUACAGUAUGUGUGCUUUCCUUUGUUACUGUUGUCUAUAUGCCUGUUUGCUUGUCUCUGUGUGGGUGCUUCCUGUCCACAUAUAGGCCUAGAGACGUGCUGUGAAUAGAAAGAACAGGUGUUGCUGAUUUUGUUUCUCAGGGGGCCUUGGCAGGUUAAAGCCAGCCCCAGCCUGGCGCUCCUCUCCUGUAGCUUUCCAGAAGGGUAUGUUCGUUAGCCAGGCAUACAUGAGCGCACAGGAAUAUUGUAACUGUAAUUGAGCUUAUCUGUCAUGUACAGCUUUAUUCAAGUCCAGCUGGAGAUUCUUUGUGUUUAUUUUUUUAACAUACCUGUAUGGCUAUAUAAAAAAUAAUGCUGUACAAUUUCAUCACAAUUUUCCCGAAUUAGCCUAGAGCUUUGGUUUCAAUUACAAAAUAAGGAUUUCCAAUGGGAUGAUAUGGCUGGAAAAACUGGCUGAAAUGAUGUCAUUGCAAGAUUUGCUCGCUGGGAUAGUAUCAGCUGUGGUAUUGUAGUGUUGUAUCACAUAAAAGUACAGUACAUAACAGUACAGUGGUGUCUCCUUACCCCAAACAUUCUCUGCCUAUCUAACUUUGAUUAGCCGCAAAUUGAGAGAUUAGGACAUGAUUAGCUGUCCACAUGGCCUUUGAGUAUCUGGGCUGUCUAGGUUACAAAGCUAUCUUUCUCUAUCUGAGCUGUAAAUUCAAGGGGAUUUCAAACAGGACCUGUGAUUAACUCUAAUAAGUAGGUACUGAGCCAAGACGACACCUUCCAAUACUUGCCCCUGGCAGAAAAAUGCUGCAUAUUCCGUUUGAGGUUGCAGUGCAGUAUACAGAAUGGUUGACCAACAGUGUACUAAAUGUUUAGUAGGCUAUUUAGGGUCAUACAAAUCAGUAUGAUGAGUCAUUUUAUUAGAGGUCAAUAUGUAGGGGCAUGAAACAUUCACAGUGCAUGUUCACAAACAUUCACAGCGCAUUUUUCCAGGAUGAGGACAAUAUUUGAGUUGUAUUUCUUUUAGAACAUAACUCUGUGUUGCCUGAAACAGAGCUGGCAGUGAGCCAGCUGUGAAUGAGAGCGAUCCUCUGUGGUCCAUCUCCUGGGAACGAGGCAGAGAGAGGAGAGGCUUUUAACCCUUUUGAUUAAAAUCUAAUCAGCAUAAUAAAACGAUCCCCAUAAAAAUCUGUUUAAGUCUGUUUAAGUUAGAGAUAUAUUGUUUGUCUCAAUCCGCCACAUCCGCCGAUAUCGGCCUUCCGCUUCUGCGAUGAAAGGGGGCAGAGCUACAGCUGUGUUUGUCGGACCAUGAGACAUCCCGAAAAUCGGUCUUCUCACAAAAAACGUCUGUAGUGUCCGAACGGUUUGGCCUACAAACUAUUAUGACACGUCUAUGGAAACACGUACAUGUCGGUGGUUUUACUCUAUGACCCCCACAAAUGUCACGGGACUCGUCUGAAGGUAGCCCGGUACCAGUUUAAAAAAUGAAUGGACGUACAGUGAGGGAAAAAAGUAUUUGAUCCCCUGCUGAUUUUGUACGUUUGCCCACAGACAAAGACAUGAUCAGUCUAUAAUUUUAAUGGUAGGUUUAUUUGAACAGUGAGAGACAGAAUAACAACAAAAAAAUCCAGAAAAAUGCAUGUUAAGAACAUGACAUAGACUGACCAGGUGAAUCCAGGUGAAAGCUAUGAUCCCUUAUUGAUGUAAAAUCCCCUUCAAUCAGUCUAGAUGAAGGGGAGAGACAGGUUAAAGAAGGAUUUGUAAGCCUUGAGAACAAUUGAGACAUGGAUUGUGUAUGUGUGCCAUUCAGAGGGUGAAUGGGCAAGACUUAAGUGCCUUCGAACAGGGUAUGGUCGUAUGUGCUAGGCACAUCAGUUUGUGUCAAGAACUGCAACGCUGCUGGGUUUUUCACGCUCAAAAGUUUGGUCCACAACCCAAAGGACAUCCAGACAAUUUGACACAACAUGGGCCAGCAUCCCUGUGGAACUCUUUCGACACCUUGUAGAGUCCAUGCCCUGAUGAAUUGAGGCUGUUCUGAGGGCCACUCAAUAUAAGGAAGGUGUUGUGUUAAUGUUUUGUACACUCAGUGUAUAUGGAAGUAAUUUAGUGCCUAAAAAAGGGUUUAAAUAUGUGUCAAAUUAUCGUUCUUCUUAUAUCUCUCAGAUAUAGGACAGACACUUCAAUUGAAACUUCCUUUUGAUAACUUCUUUCUGUUUUUCCAUGUAUGAAUCUGUUAUUCAAUGCGUUUAUUAUGGGCUAAUAGCAGUAAGUCCAAAUUCAAUGUUUUAUCAAAUAUUUCUUAUAUAUACACUACCGGUCAAAAGUUUUAGAACACCUACUCAUUCAUUUAUUUUUACUAUUUUCUACAUUGUAGAAUAAUAGUGAAGACAUCAAAACUAUGAAAUAACACAUAUGGACUCAUGUAGUAACCAAAAAAGUGUUAAACAAAUCAAAAUAUAUUUUAUAUUUGAGAUUCUUCAAAUAGCCACCAUUUGCCUUGAUGACAGCUUAUUUGAGCUGUUCUUGCCAUAAUAUGGACUUUGUCUUUGACCAAAUAUUCUGUAUACCCCGUUACCUUGUCACAACACAACUGAUUGGCUCAAACACAUUAAGAAGGAAAUAAAUUCCACAAAUUAACUUUUAAGAAGGCACACCUGUUAAUUGAAAUGCAUUCCAGGUGACUACCUCAUGAAGCUGGUUGAGAGAAUGCCAAGACUGUGCAAAGCUGUCAUCAAGGCAAAGGGUGGCUAUUUGAAGAAUUCUCUAAUAUAACAUUUAUUUUCAUUUCUUUAACACUUUGUUGGUUACUACAUUAUGCCAUAUGUGUUAUUUCAUAGUUUUGAUGUGUUCACUAUUAUUCUACAAUGUAGAAAAUAGUAAAAAUAAAUGAAUGAGUAGGUGUUCUAAAUCUUUUGACUGGCAGACUUUUGUCUGGGGAAUGCAGCUAGCAACAACAUCAUUGCCACAUGUAUUUCCGAUGCCGCCCUCGCUGUGUCUGUCGUGUGUGUGUCUGUCUCACUUUGUCUUUCUCUCGCUCUUUAUCUCUCCACUGUUCCUCCAUUAUCUUUUCCCUCUCCCCCCUGUUCUGUUCUUGUAUUUUCUCUCUCUUUAUCUUUAUUUAUCUCCAACACUCUAUGGCUCCCUUCGUUCAUCUCUUUUUCUUUGCAUAUUCAUCUGAUAGACAUGCCUUUCUCUUAUCCUUUCCUUUCCCUGUCUUAUUUUCAUUAUUCCCUAACUUGAGAGUAUCUCACAACUCAUCCUCCAAAAAUGACUAUUGGAACAGAAACUAGGACAUUUGCAUUUCAGAGCAAGAAUCCAACAAUCCACUGGAACAAAAACUAUAAUGAGGGAUUGUGGAAAAAGGAACAGCAAAAAUAGACUAAUGUGGAAAAAGUGAUGGUCUUUUUCUUCCCUGUGUAAGUAGGUUAUUCACAGGAAAUGGAAACUUGGUAAUCUGUCAAUCUCUCUCUGGUCUGGUCUGGUUUGUCUAAGGCCACAGGGCGGUCUACGUCGGGGUCCAUGUGCCCCUGGGCCGGGAGAGCAAACGCAGGCACCAUCGCAGAGGCCACAAACAUCACCGCAAGAGGCGGGAGCGGGAGGAGGACCGCGAGGAGGAGGAACGUGAGGACCCCACUUAUGGUAACCAACUGAAAGUCCAGUAAAAAGCAUCAGCUGACUGUUAGUAGAGGUGCUGACUUAAGGAAUAGUAAACGGUGUAAUAAAUUAAUAAAGUCAGACACUUUAUAUGCUGACAACAAUGUAAUAGGUUAACAAUUUUGACCCAUUAGCUGACUGUUAAAAAUGUUAGUAGAGGUGCUGACUAAAGGAAUAUUAAACUGUAAAAUAGAAAAUAGAAAAAAAAGGAAGUCAGACGCUACAUAUGCUGACAACUAUUUAAUAGGUUAACAAUCUUUACUCAUACAAUUGUUGGGAGCAUAUAUAGAGUGUGCAACUUUCUUUCUUUUUACACAACUAACUUCUGUUCUACCUUCCGUGAUGCUCCACAUUCAUCUCCUCAUGCAAUUUAAUAAAUGUGUGGUGGCACAUACAGUGCAUUCGGAAAGUAUUCAGACCCCUUGACUUUUUCCACAUUUUGUUACGUUACAGCCUUAUUCUAUAAUGGAUUAAAUUGUUUUUUCCCCUCAUCAAUCUACACACAAUACCCCAUAAUGACAAAGCAAAAACUGUUUUUUAGAAAAUGGUGCUAAUUUAUUUUUUAAAACUGCAAUAUCACAUUUACAUAAGUAUUCAGACUCUUUACUCAGUACUUUGUUGAAGCACCUUUGGCAGCGAUUACAGCCUCAAGUCUUAUUGGGUAUGACGCUACAAGCUUGGCACACCUGUAUUUGGGGAGUUUCUCCCAUUCUUCUCUGCAGAUCCUCUCAAGCUCUGUCAGGAUGGAUGGGGAGCAUUGCUGCACAGCUAUUGUCAGGUCUCUCCAGAGAUGUUCGAUGGAGUUCAAGUCAGAGACUUGUCCCGAAGCCACUCCUGCGUUGUCUUGGCUGUGUGCUUAGGGUCGUUGUCCUGUUGGAAGGUGAACCUUUGCCCCAGUCUUAGGUCCUGAGCGCUCUGGAGUAGGUUUUCAUCAAGGAUCUCUCUGUACUUUGCUCCGUUCAUUUUCCUCUCAAUCCUGACGACUCUCCCAGUCCCUGCCGCUGAAAAACAUCCCCACAGCAUGAUGCUGCCACCAACAGGCUUCACCGUAGGGAUGGUGCCAGGUUUCCUCCAUACGUGACGCAUGGCAUUCAGGCCAAAGAGUUCAAUCUUGGUUUCAUCAGACCAGAGAAUCUUGUUUCUUAUUGUGUGAGUUCUUUAUGUGCCUUUUGGCAAACUCCAAGCGUCAUGUGCCUUUUAUCUGAAGAGUGGCUUCUGUCUGGCCACUCUACCAUAAAGACCUGAUUGGUGGAGUGUUGCAGAGAUGGUUGCCCUUCUGGAAGGUUCUCCCAUCUCCACAGAGGAACUCUGGAGCUCUGUCAGAGUGACCAUCGGGUUCUUGGUCACCUCCCUGACCAAGGCCCUUCUCCCCCGAUUGCUCAGUUUGGCCGGGCGGCCAGCUCUAGGAAGAGUCUUGUUGGUUCAAAACUUCUUCUAUUUAAGAAUGAUGAAAGCCACUGUGUUCUUGGUGACCUUCAAUGCUGCAGAAAUUUUUUAGUACCCUUCCCCAGAUCUGUGCCUCGACACAAUCCUGUCUCGGAGCUCUACGGACAAUUCCUUUGACCUCAUGGCUUGGUUUUUGCUCUGACAUGCACUAUCAACUGUGUGUGUCUUUCCAAAUAAUGUCCAAUCAAUAGAAUUUACCACAGGUGGACUCCAAUCAAGUUGUAGAAACAUCUCAAGGAUGAUCAAUGGAAACAGGAUGCACAUGAGCUCAAUUUCAAGUCUCAUAUCAAAGGGUUUGAAUACUUAUGUAAAUAAGGUAUUUCAAUUUUUUAUUUGUAAUACAUUUGCAAACAUUUCUACAAACCUUUUUUCUCUGUCAUUACGAAGUAUUGUGUCUAGAUUGAUGAGUAAAAAUAUUAUUUAAUCCAUUUUAGAAUAAGGCUGUAAUGUAACUACAUUUGGAAAAAGUCAAGGGGUCUGAAUACUUUCCAAAUGCACUGUAUGGCUUAAUAGGCUGAUUCAACCUAUGUUGUUAGCUUACAUGCAAGUAGGCUACCAUGGGCUAAUUUGGACGUAAUCAUAAAGUUUUGGAUUCACAUCAACUCAAAACAACUCCCACCCCAACUUCAGCUGCUACCCUCAAGCAUUCUCCCAAAUAACAUUUUGAUUGUUAUUCUCAAUUAUAAUACUGAGUGUUGAGUCAUGCUUCCUAGAGGCCAAAACAGAACCCUGUAGUGGGCAGGGGAGGGUACCUGGCACAGUCUCUCAGGCAUCUGUGAUUGUUUGGCUGAGCUCUUCAAAUAGAGGCGGAAACAUAGAGACCUAUCUGUCCAGUCAUUUAGAGAGAGUGUUCAUGCUGUGAAUGGAACAUCACUCUUAAAGGCAAACCCAGGCCUCCAGGAGCAAGCAGUGACACUGAUGGAGGGGACUGUGUGUGUGUGUGUGUGUGUGUGUGUGUGUGUGUGUGUGUGUGUGUGUGUGUGUGUGUGUGUGUGUGUGUGUGUGUGUGUGUGUGUGUGUGUGUGUGUCUGUGUGAGUCUACAUCGGGGUCCAUGUGCCGCUGGGCCAGGACAGCAAACGCAGGCACCACCGCUGAGGUCACAAACACCACACACAAACUCACACACACACACAGACACACACACAGACACAGACACAGACACACACUCACACACAGCCCCAACCGACCGGGGAAAGGGAUAGACGGUCGGGAUACAUGACAAAUUGAACUGUCUGACUGCGUUCAUGCUCUCGCUCUUUUAAUCUAUCCAAUGUCCAUUCCUCUUCCAAUGGUGAAUUUAGCUCCUGGAAAUCUGAUGUUGUCGUUUUGGUGAUUCACUCAAACAUCACUCUUAUUUCACAUUUGCCUGUUACUACUCCCACACACACCUGAUUAUUGAACAUAUUUAUUUAUUCCCUCUUUGUAAUGCAGAGGAAAUCACAGCAGUCCAUUCAGAAGCUAAGCACUGGAUCCCGCUCCUCCCACACUCUCCUCCAGUCCUCAUCUCUAUAUCUCUGUCCCCCCCCCCCCCCCCCCCCCCCUAGACACGCCCUCCCAGCGGGUGCAGUUCAUCCUGGGUACGGAGGAUGACGACGUGGAGCACAUCCCCCACGACCUGUUCACCGAGCUGGACGAGCUGUCCUUCAGGGACGGGAGCGCCACAGAGUGGAAGGAGACCGCCAGGUAGGUCACAGCCGAGCCCAGGGUCCAGCCUCCACACUCCAGGGUCCAUGUGACUUUAUCAUGUCAUUCUUUGUUCAUUCAGGUUUAAAUUCAACUGCACUUUAUUGGUACCGUAGGUUCUCCAUGAAAGAUUAGUUUAACUUUGCAUCUUGAUCAUUUUGAAGUCGUCUUCUUGACUGUGGUAAAAUAUUCAGGGAAACCAACUUUUUAAUGGCCAAAACUGUAGGCUGGUAAACUGUGGCCUUUUAUAACUACCUUGAAAUUGUCUUGCGGGGGCUGGGGAACGGAGAGCUAUGAGAUGGUGACGCGUCUUGUGUGUGAGUGGGAAUGUGUUAUUAUGAGUAAUGGGUAAGAUUGACAGAGCUCUACUGCCUACAGGUCUACAGAUAGAUAGUCAAUCUAUCUUAGUCAUCCUUCAUUGCCAUGGUACUAUCACCAUCUCAGACAAUGCCAGCUUACGCUCACGGGCUCAGACACAAAUACACAGCAAUUUACCGCUCUUAAAAAAACUGGUUAAAACUGGUUUCAGUCUGACAGGAGGUAAAAGCCUAAAAAACGUAAUCAAACUUUUUCCGUUACCUCUCAAAGGUGAACCACUCAAGGCAAUGCAAAUUGUCUGAUAUGUUUAGGCCUGGUCUUUUCUUCUGGUCAAGUUGUUCUUAGUUAGCAUUGGGGAUAUUUUUCUUUAUUUAUAAUUGUGCGUGUCUUGUGUCCGUGUCUUUGCACGUGCUUGUGCGUGUGUGUGUGUGUUUAGGUGGCUGAAGUUUGAGGAGGACGUGGAAGAUGGAGGGGAGCGUUGGAGUAAGCCCUACGUAGCCACCCUGUCUCUACACAGCCUGUUUGAGCUGAGGAGCUGCAUCCUCAACGGCACCGUCUUGCUAGACAUGAGGGCCACCUGUAUCGAGGAGAUUGCAGGUACAUUCAUGUCAGAAGAGUUUGUGUGUAUGUGUCCGUGUGUACGCUCAUGUGCAUGCUAUAUGAUUAGCUAGAUUUGUGUGUGCAAAUGAUAAACAAGGCAAUAAUAAAAAGUUGGUUGAAUAAGGUGAAAUUGAAUUGAUCUGUGUGUGUGUGUGUGUGUGUGUGUGUGUGCGUGCAAGUUCAUUUGCAAGUGUGUUUACCAAUAGUGUAAACCUCAAAAUGAACAAUGAUACAAGGCAAUACAAUGCGUCCGUGUGUGUUUGUUCACGUGUGUGUCCAGACAUGUUGAUUGACAGCAUGGUGGCGUCUGGCCAGCUGGAGGAGGAGCUGCGUCAGAAGGUGCGUGAGGCCGUGUUGAAGAGACACCACCACCAGAACGAGAGGAAGCUCAGCAACCGCAUCCCGCUGGUGCGCUCAAUCGCAGACAUAGGCAAGAAACAUUCAGACCCGUUGUUGCUUGAGAGAAACGGUGAGAUCCCCUGCGCCGCGCACACUCCAUUUAUUUUUCCUCGAUCCUCGAGGGGUUUCAAAUCAUCUUUGUAAUCCUUGGUAUCCCAAAAAAGGAACGGUGAUAGCAUCUCCCACAUACACUCUUAGAAAAAAGGGUUCCAAAAAGGUUAUUCAGCUGUCCCCAUAGGAGAACCAUUUUUGGUUCCAGGUAGAACUAUUUUGGGUUCCAUGUAGAACCCUCUGUGGAAAGGGUUCUACAUGAAACUCAAAAGGGCUCUACGUGGAACCAAAAAGGGUUCUCCUAUGGGGACAGCCGUUGAACACUUUUAGGUUCUAGAUGGAAUCCUUUUCUCUAAGAGUGUAUCACCACAACAAUCAUGUAUGUAAUGUAUGCCAUUUAGCAGACACUUUUAUUCAAAGUGACUUACAGUACAGUGAGUACGUACAUUUUAGUAUGUGUGGCCCCAGCGGAAUUGGUCUUACCAACUGAGCCACACAAGACCAAAUCCAUCACGGCAGUUCAGGAGGUGUCAAACUAAUGAUGUGAGUAGAUGCUACAAUGAGGAUAUAAGCUUCAUAGAGACAACUACUACCCCCCACCGUGAAAGAUAAAUCUAGGUGCGGAUGGUGCGAGCAUGUGUGGCUGGCCGGGCUCAGGGUUUGGCCUCUGAGAAUUAACAAUGGCUUCUACUCCAUGUUGGAAUGGUUGGGGUAAUGCUCUUCUUGCAGUUCGAUAUGUUUGGUUUGCUGAGCAUGACCUCAGGGUGUGGUGUGUACUCAGAGUAUGGUGUGUGACUGUUUAUGUCCUACUGUCAUUGAAUGCCAUGUCGCCUGUGUAUAAAAUACGUGUGAAAUGUCAUAUAUUAAUGUGCUACACAAUCAUAGUAAGUAAUUGCACAGCUUGGACAGAAAUAUGACUGGUUUAUGUGUGGUUCUGUAUUUGUUUGUACAGUAUACUGUACACUGACACUGUGCUAACCAACCCUCACCUCUUCUCUUGCCUGCAAGCAUCCCUCUACCCAAAAUGCUCUCCCUCAGUCUGUCACUGUGUGAUUGGUGAGCGCACAAGCCUAUUGGUCCGUGUGGACACCUCCCCUCUCUCACCUUUCCCCUGCAAGAACCUCUCGGCACCUCUGUCUCUCUCUAACCACACUCCUCCCAAGCUCCCACCACCUACCUUCUCUCUCUGCCCCCAGAGAAUGCACCCCUAAAACCACCUCUCUGAUGAAAUCCUCCCUCAUAUGUUUCUCCUUUUACCAUCUCCCCCUUUUUCCUCCCUCCUCCCGUUCUUCUCUCCCUCUUCUCCCUUCUUUGUUGUUGUGUCUUCCCGCCGCUCCAGGGGAGGGCCUCUCUGCCUCCCGCCACUCCCUGAAGCCGGGGUCCUCCGUCUCCAACCUGUCCCAGAGGCGAGAGUCCCGGGUGUCCGUCCUCCUCAACCUCCUUCUGCCUAACUCCUCCUCCUCCACCUCCGCUGGGGGGCCUUCCCCCGGACCCUCGCCCCUCACCACCCCCCAGAACACGCCCCCUACUCCCCGCCGCUCCCCAGACCCUCCCUGCGCCCCUGGCCCCGCCCCGGGCCCCCAGGCCAUCCCGGAGGUGGUGGUGUCACCGCCUGAGGACGACGAGUCGCCACCCACCGCCAUUACGAAGGAUGAGGAGGCGUCUCCCACUCGGCAACCGUCGCUGCAGACUAAAGGGCUCCAGCAGCUGCCCUUAGAAGGCAAAUAUCUGUGUAGCCUGCCAGUGUGAGUCACGGCUUGAACAGAGAAAACUAGCACCAGCAUGCUGGCUGUGCCCUCCUUCCCUACCCUACUACAAAUCCAUUAUCAACCCACAGCAAGGCUUUUUAUACCCCUCCUCUAUUAACUCAACAAGACCUCACACUGUUUCCCUCUACCUCAUUCCUUUCUUGCAUACCUCUCUGUCUCUGUUUCUCAAGUUUAGUCUAUCAAAUCAUUUUAUUUAUUGUACACAUUCCUUUCUCUCUCUGUCUCCACCUUUCUUCAUUCAGCCCUUCCACACUACCCCCACCUUGCUUGGCUUGGACCCUCCACUUCUCUCUGCUCAGUGUGUGUGCAUGGCUCUCCUCGAAAAUGUGUUUCAUAAUUUACCAUACCAUAGUUCUGCAGGGUCCGACAUUAACGAUGGCCCGCUGCCGCAGGACCAGUAAAAACGUGUCGAGCCAGUGGAUCUCCUCAGUCACUGGCCUGACCGGGCCAGUAACUUCUCAGUGCAUUUUGGCGUUCCAAUUUGACAUUUACCUGCUAUGUAAUCUCUCAUGGGCAUAUCUACGUAAACCCUUCCCUUUUUCCACAUUUUGUUACGUUCCAGCCUUAUUCUAAAAUGUAUUACAUUCUUUUUCCCCCUCAUCAAUACCCCAUAAUGACAAAGUGAAAACAGGUUUUUAGAGAUUUUUGCAAAUGUAUUUAAAAUAAAAAACAGAAAUACCUUAUUUGCAUAAGUAUUCAGCCCAUUUGCUAUGAGACUUGAAAUUGAGCUCCGGUGCAUCCUGUUUCCAUUUAUCAUCCUUGAGAUGUUUCUAAAACUUGAUUGGAGUCCACCUGUGGUAAAUUCAAUUGAUUGGAAAUGAUUUGGAAAGGCAAACACCUGUCUAUAUAAGGUCCCACAGUUGACAGUGCAUGUCAGAGCAAAAACCAAGCCAUGAGGUUGAAGGAGUUGUCCGAGCUCCGAGACAGGAUUGUGUCGAGGCACAGAUCUGGGGAAGGGUACCAAAAGAUGUCUGCAGCAUUGAAGGUCCCCGAGAACACAGUGGCCUCCAUCAUUCUUAAAUGGAAGAAGUUUAGAACCACCAAGACUUCCUAGAGCUAGCUGCCCGGCCAAACUGAGCAAUCGGGGGAGAAGGGCCUUGGUCAGGGAGGUGACCAAGAACCUGAUGGUCACUCUGACAGAGCUCUAAUGUUCCUCUGUGGAGAUGGGAGAACCUUCCAGAAGGACAACCAUCUCUGCAGCACUCCACCAAUCAGGUCUUUAUGUUAGAGUGGCCAGACGGAAGCCACCCCUCAGUAAAAGGCACAUGACAGCCUGCUUGGAGUUUGCCAAAAGGCACCUAAAGACUCUCAGACCAUGAGAAACAAGAUUCUCUGGUCUGAUGAAACCAAGAUUGAACUCUUUGGCCUGAAUGCCAAGUGUCACGUCUGGAGGAAACAUGGCACCAUCCCUACUGUGAAGCAUGGUGGUGGCAGCAUCAUGCUGUGGGGAUGUUUUUCAGCGGCAGGGAUUGGGAGAUUAGUCAGGAUCGAGGCAAAGAUUAACUGAGCAGAGAGAUCCUUGAUGACAACCUGCUCCAGAGCGCUCAGGACCUCAGACUGGGGCAAAGGUUAACCUUCCAACAGGACAACGAUCCUAAGCAGACAGCCAAGACAACGCAGGAGUGGCUUCGGGACAAGUCUCUGAAUGUCCUUGAGUGGCCCAGCCAGAGCCCGGACUUGAACCCGAUCGAGCAUGUCUGGAGAGACCUGAAAAUAGCUGUGCAGCAACGCUCCCCAUCCAACCUGGCAGAGCAUGAGAGGAUCUGCAGAGAAGAAUGGGAGAAACUCCCCAAAUACAGUUGUUCCAAGGUUGUAGCGUCAUACUCAAGAAGACUCGAGGCUGUAAUCGCUGCCAAAGGUGCUUCAACAAAGUACUGAGUAAAGGGUCUGAAUACUUAUGUAAAUGUGACAUUUCCGGUUGGUUUUAAAUAUAUAAAUGAGCAAAAAUUUCUAAAAACCUGUUUUUCCUUCGUCAUUAUGGGUUAUUGUGUGUAGAUUGAUGAGGGAAAAAAUCAAUUUAAUAAAUUUUAGAAUAAGGCUGUAACGUAACAAAAUGUGGAAAAAGUCAAGGGGUCUGAAUACUUUCCGAAGGCACUGUAACUGGUACGUAGAAUCUGUUGGGAAGGAAUGGGAUGUGUGGGAUAGCGAACAGCAGUAGUUCUGGUGUUAGGGUUUUUCGUCACUGGUUAUUUGGACAAAUCAUGAUUUCGUAGGUGUAAGCUUCUUUUGAAUUUCGGAAGGGUAAGGGAACAUUCGGCGCGUAACUUGCAAAGAGAGAGGGUGAAGCUCCUCGUUCUAGCAUCUCUUCAUCUCUUCUCUUAACACGUAUGGACCCAGAACUUAAUCGAGCAGCUAACUAAUUACAUGAAGCUUUAGUUCGGGGUUUAGCUGAGAUUACCUGCUGUGUCGCAGUUUUGAAAACCAUUGAAGACUGACUACACGCGGAAAAGUCAUGCUAUUUGAAUUUGAGCAAUAUGACUGGCCAUUCAUUCAACCACGCUGAUCGCGAGUCACAACUUCUCGAGCAGUACAUAAGUUGAUGCACUCACAUGGCACUCGCAAGCCGUCCAGAGUAAAAAGAAGCUCUCACCAAUCAAUUUACUUUAGGGAAAUUGAUUUACAAAAAUAAACUUUCAAUAGUGAACAUACUAGCAGUAUGCUGGCUACUAUUGAUAGUCUGCACAAAGAAAGCUACAAAAAUACACCUAGCAUUUGUCUUGGCUUGCCUACUGUAGCCAGAUCAAUAUCUUCUCUUUUGAAACACAGUUGUCUUAAAUGGGCACCGUCCUAUUUUGAGAUGUCAAAAAAUAUUCUCAAAAUGACAUACUUUAGAAACAAAGUGAAUGCAAUUAAUACAAAGCAAUUCUAAAUAAUUAUAUCACUAGAUUCUAUUACACAGCGUUUUAAUACCAUAAUAACCAAAUGUAGCCUAAUGCUAGCUGAAUAUAGGCAAUGCAUUUUAACUACACCAUGUCCAGGCCAGUAGAAAUUCUGUUCAGGCCAGUAGAUUUUUGGCCAAUAGUAAGAAAAAAAGGAUCAUGUUGGACCCUGGUUCUGUGAUAUUUCUUUGUCCACUUUUUCCUUGUAAACCUUUUUUUCAUUCAGUCCUAAAAUGAAACCUGAAGGGCUUUAAUCAUUUUACAUUUUAGUCAUUUAGCAGACGCUCUUAUCCAGAGCGACUUACAGGAGCAAUUAGGGUUAAGUGCCUUGCUCAAGGGCACAUCAACAGAUUUUUCACCUAGUUGGCUCUGGGAUUAGAACCAGCGACCUUUCAGUUACUGGCACAACGCUCUUAACCACUACUGCACAUUUUCCAUCCCUUAUUUUCCAUCCCUUGAGGGCCUGUUUAAUCCAGUCAGUGUAAGAGUUGAGACGCCAGACUCGCCACUAUGGCAACAGGUCUCAUAUCAUGGUGUAUCUUCCCAGCUAUAACUGUCACUGCUCUGCAUGACUGUCCAAUUGUGAAUAUACAGUCAGGACAGACUUAAACAACUUAAAACAUCUUGUCUUUUUCCAGGGCAGCAUCGUUUGGCAUCUCUCCUCCAUAAUUCCUGAGUAUAAACACACAGAUGUCUCGGAGACGUUUUCCCCAUUAAGAGUCUAGCGAGAGACUCCUACAUGUGCAAAUAGCAUGCUAAAUAUAAAGCCAUACAGUGGGGUUGGGGUGGGAGGGUUGUAACGUUGGAACGUAUCUCUCUCAGUCCCAGUGUCAUCCACUGUGACUUUUUGUCUUUAGCCCCUGUAUUUAUAGCAGUGUGUGUAGAAGAGUGCUGAACUGGAAGGUUGGGUCAUGACAACUAGAGACUGCUGGUUUGGAGGGAAACAUGAUUUAAGGUGGGCAGCUGGUUGUCUUAUUAUAAGUACUAGUGUGGUUCUGUAAUCUUCCAUUACUUCAGUCUAGAAAGACAACGUUUGCCGAGAAACUAUAUAAUGUACUUGACCACGUUGUGUGUAUCGCUCAAGUGAAGUUUGAAUCCCAUCCUUGACAACAUUACAACAUUACAACAACAAACGAUAUACUACGUACUUACUUCACCUCGUUCUGAGUAUCGUUCAUUUGAGUUUGAAUCCCAUGCUUGCAUAGACAGGCAGUUAAGGAUGAUUUGUAGGAGCUAUUAGAAGCAUUCAAAGAAAAGAACAACCUCCCUACAAUCAAAGAUGGCGAAGUUUGAUAAUGCUGGGUGGUUGCUUUGCUGCCUCUGGACUGGGGACCUUGAACGUGCACAAAGCACAAUGAAUCUGCAGACUAUCAGGUGUUUUGGAGAGCAAUGUUCAACCCAGUGUCCAAAAAUUGGGUCUCCAUUGAAGGUUGUGUGUCUUCCAGCAGGACAAUGACCCCAAACACGCAUCCAAAAGCACCCAGGAAUGGUUCAAGAAGAGAUGAUGGACUGUAAUGGAGUGGCCAGAGAAGAAUCCAGAUCUUACUCCCAUCUAAAACUUAUUGCAAGAUCUGAAAACAGCAGUUGGUGGAGGGCACCCCUCAAACAUUGAAGGAUUAGAGAGGUUUGCUGCUAACAAGUGGGCCAAAUGACCAGUAAAAGGUUCAGCAAGCUCAUUGAUUGCUGCAAGAAGCAUUUGUCUGCAGUUAUCUUGGCCAAAGGCUGUGCAACCAAGUACUAGCUCCGGGAUGCCAAUACUUUUGUCCAUGUCAUUUGUCUUUCUUUUCUAAAUUAAAAUUAUAAACUCGAUAAAGUUUACAAAAAUAAAAUUGGUUCUGCAAUGUUGAAUGCUGAGUGUACAAAACAGUAUACUGCUUUUUCCAUGACAGACUGACCAGGUGAAUCCAGGUGAAAGCUAUUCCUCAUGAAAUCCACUUCAAUCAGUGUAGAUGAAGGGGAGGAGACGGGUUAAAGAAGGAUUUUUAAGCCUUGAGACAAUUGAGACAUGGAUUGUGUAUUUGUGCCAUUCAGAGGGUGAAUGGGCAAGACAAAAUAUUUUGUGCCUUUGAACGGGUUAUGGUAGUAGGUGCCAGGCACACCGGUUUGAGCAUGUCAAGAACUGCAACACUGCUGGGUUUUUCACGCUCAACAGUUUCCCGUGUGUAUCAAGAAUGGUCCACCACCCAAAGGACAUCCAGCCAACUUGACAUAACUGUGCGAAGCAUUGGAGUCAACAUGGGCCAGCAUCCCUGUGGAACCCUUUCGACACCUUGUAGAGUCCAUGCCUCGACGAAUUGAGGCUGUUCUGAGGGCAAAAGGGGCUGCAACUCAAUAUUAGGAAAGUAUGUGGACACUGCUUCAAAUUAGUGGAUUCUGCUAUUUCUGCCACUACUGUUUCUGACAGGUGUAUAAAAUCGAGCACACAGCCAUGCAAUCUCUAUAGACAAACUUUGGCAAUAGAAUGGCCUUACCGAAGAACUUCGUGACUUUCAACGUGGCACCGUCAUGGGAUGCCACCUUUCCAACAAGUCAGUUAGUCAAAUUUCUGCCCUGCUAGUGCUGCCACGGUCAACUGUAAGUGAUGUUAUUGUGAAGUGGAAAUGUCUAGGAGCAACAAUGGCUCAGCUGCGAAGUGGUAGGCCACACAAUCUCACAGAACGGGACCACCGAGUGCUGAAGCACGUAGCGCGUAAAAAUCGUCUGUCCUUGGUUGCAACACUCACUACCGAGUUCCAAACUGCCUCUGGAAGCAAUGUCAGCACAAUAACUGUUUGUCGGGAGCAUCAUGAAAUGGGUUUCCAUGGCCGAACAGCCGCACACAAGCCGCACACAUCGCCAUGCGCAAUGCCAAGCGUCGACUGGAGUGGUGUAAAGCGCGCCGCCAUUGGAGUCUGGAGCAGUUGAAACACGUUCUCUGGAGUGAUGAAUCACGCUUCACUAUCUAGCAGUCCGGCGGACGAAUCUGGGUUUGGCGGAUGACAGGAGAACGCUACCUGCCCCAAUGCAUAGUGGAGGAGGAAUAAUGGUCUGGGGCUGUUUUUCAUGAUUCGGGCUAGGCCCCUUAGUUCCAGUGAAGGGAAAUCUUAACGCUACAACAUACAAUGACAUUCUAGACGAUUCUGUGCUUCCAACUUUGUGGCAACAGUUUGGGGAAGGCCCUUUCAUGUUUCAGCAUGACAAUGCCCACGUGCACAAAGCGAGGUCCAUACAGAAAUGGUUUGUCGAGAUCGGUGUGGAAGAACUUCACUGGCCUUCAGCGAGCCAGGCCUAAUUGCCCAACGUCAGUGCCCGACCUCACUAAUGCUCUUGUGGCUGAAUGAAGUAAGUCCCUGCAGCAAUGUUCCAACAUCUAGUGGAAAGCUAUCCCAGAAGAGUGGAGGCUGUUAUAGCAGCAAAGGGGGGAUCAACUCCAUAUUAAUGCCCAUGAUUUUGGAAUGAGAUGUUCGACGAGCAGGUGUCCACAUACUAUAUAUAUAUCUUUUUUUUUGUAAACUUAUUUUAGAAGAAAUAGGGAAUUAUUUAUGAAAAGUGCAAGGGUGCAAAUUAUUUGGCCGCAACUGCAACUGUGUGUACUCACCUUUUGACUGCCGGAUUCUCUAGUAAGAACUGUCUAAUGAGCUGUAUAAUGCCACGGCAGCACUCAUGCGACACAUAACAUGUAGUGUCAGCUCUUAGUAUGCAGAUGAAGACAAAUGAUCAUAGAGUCAGUCGUUUUUGUCCUCAGUGUGCCCCUGGGUUUGGAAUGAUAUGAUUUGAUUAUUCGGACUCGUUUGCAUAUGGACCGUGGCCGGGGGUCCAGCAUGGAGCCCACAUUCCGGGCUUUAUCUUCCUGAAUGAAGUGUGUCCGCGGAUGCUUCUGUUCAUCCCAACAUGGCUGCAUAGUAGACCACAGCGCCGGGUUACAACAGGUCACAGGUCAAGGAUGACCACAAGGAGGAAACUGUCACCCAUUCAUAUUCAUUUGAACAUUCAUCUACAUUCUAGGUGAUUGAGACAGAUGGAGUGGAGUGUGUAUGGUUGCUAUGUUACAAUUUAUUCAUUUUUGUGGUCAUUUCCUCAAUGCACGUCUCCCUCGCUGAAGUGCUGGCAUUUCCUGUGUACGGCUCACCUCACAUGGCUAUAGGGCACAUUGAAGUGGGGAGGCGGAUGUGCAAUUGCCUUUAUCACUGCAGGCCAUAAUGAAUUUUCAUUAUGUUAUCAAUUUGUUAAGGUUUUUGAGAGUGUAUAAAUCAAACUAUGUAUCAUACUAUUUUGCAGUAUGCAUCUGUAGUCUGUGCCUAUACAAGAGAACCUGUUGAAAAAUAAUUGCAAUUAAUUUAUCACAGUAUAGCUACAUCAUUUCUGUAUAGAUUAAGGCUUCUCAAAUGUUCAAGAGAAGAACCUGUAUUGUGUUUUGAUGCUUUGCAAACUCUCUGCAGAAAAACACAAUAUUAUCAAAUGUAGGCAUUCUAAUGUCAGAGUAUCCAUGAGAAUGCACUGAGCAGCAGGUGCCUCGGUCCUCCAGAGCUGACAUUGCUAACACUCUUCUGCCGCUAUCCCGUCUGUCGUUCCAGGGCCACUGAUGUCCACGCACUCUGUCCCCAGUAACCUGGAUAGCAGCAGCAAGACCGGAGACAGGAGGCCCUCCAAAGCUGGGGUCAGUAAAGAGAACAGCAGUGUGGACUUCAGCAAGGUAACCCCUGCUACUGGGCAAAGAAACCCCCUCAUCAUAAGCAACUCUCAUCCAGACGUCCAAGACAACCAUCAUCAAUCACAGCCCUUACUCUCUGGGCAUAAGAAACACCACCCACUCCCUGCCUUCUAGAACCAAGAGCCAGUCUCAAAGUAAACUGUACAUUUGGUUAAGUGAGCUCUUAUCCCUUAUUAUAUCCCUUUACGACUAUAAUAUAAGUAGGCUGGCGGCCGUGAGGAGUCAUCAGCUUCAAACCAGCUUUCAUGGGUCCUCUGUAGCUCAAUUGGUAGAGCAUGGCGCUUGUAACGCCAAGAUAGUGGGUUCGAUCCCCGGGACCACCCAUACGUAAAAAUGUAUGCACACAUGACUGUAAGUCGCUUUGGAUAAAAGCGUCUGCUAAAUGGCAUAUUAUUAUUAUUAUGUGUAUGCCAAGAAACAACCUCAUACUUGCUGGGGGAGUCUAAUCAAAAGAGGGAGGAGAGGGAGACAGAGAGUGUGUGUGUUUGUGGAAAAGAGAGCGAUGCAGAUAUUACCCAUCUCAGUUGGCAAGGUCACCCAGCUCUGUUACAUAGUUCAAACAAACAACCUUGUGAUGAAAGGGACUCCUUUGCUCAGUACUGGCCUUUAUAGCUUUCCUCUACGCCACUAACAACGUAGCUUCCCGCAACCCUAGCAUCCAUCCAUAACUGCUAUCUGCCACUAAGCAUGAUCCCUCCAAACCCAGUCAUUCCUUCCUUUCAUUUGAAGUCUCUCCCUACUCUGUUGUGCCCAUUGGGCUCCAGGUAGAUAUGACAUAACAUAUAUAUUUUUACUCGGCUUGAUUUGUUAUACCAGUGUUUCCCAAUAUAGAGCUGCAUUCUCAUGUGCAUCCCGCGGGACCUGCGGGCCCAGACAGAGAUCAUAGCGGCGUGGUUGGCAUUUUUCAUGCUAUGGGCGGGAGUGGGCGGUCAGACAGACAACUUUGGGAUGAAAAUAUAUGUUAUAGUCCCACAGAUUAUUUCGAACGGUUGUCUUUCUGUUUUGUAUGUGUUAUCUAUUGUAUUAAAAGCACCUCUGUAACACAAUUCACAAACUCUUAUAGGCUAAUUCUGCUUCAAGUUCAGUAGCCUACCUCUCCUCUCUUUUGUUGGGCGUGCGAGAACAAUUGCGCCUAUGUGUGGUCUCAAUUAAAUAGCCUGUAGCCUAUAGGUAUAGGCAGAGAAGCACGGCACAGUUGUCUUUCCAUGGAAAAUGACUUCCUAAAUAUGAUAGGCUAUAGUUUAGGCUCCGACAUUGACUGGUAAUAAAUAUUGAUAAAACAUUUAUUUGUCUACCUGCAAAUCGUCCUGCUUCUAUUAAAGUUUUGCAAGAGUAUUUCAAAACGGUUAGUCUUUCUGUUUUGUAUGCUAUGCGUUAUCUAAAUUGCUGGGACCGGGGCUGCAAAGCAAGCAGUGUUACAUACACCUACAUUGCUGGACUGUGGUCAGGUUCGGGACCAGUUCUUGCGGGAGUGGGUGGGAGUUGGACAAGAAGUCAGCAGGAGAGGGCGGGCGCGGUAAGAAAAGUAGUAGGUGUCCUCUAUUUCCCAAUCCUGGUUCUGGAGACCCAAAGGGAUGCACAUUUUAGUUUUUAUUCAACUAAUCAACUCAUCAUGAAGCCUUUGAUUAUUUAAAUCAGGUGUGCUAGUGCUAGGGAAAAAAAUAAAAUAAAUGUGCACACCUUUGGGUCCCCAGGACCAGGAUUGGGAGACAGUGUCUUAUAUAGUUGUUACUCCCUAAAGUCUCUCUCUCUGUCCCAUUCCGCUCCUUUAGGUGGACAUGAACUUCAUGAAGAAGAUUCCUCCGGGCGCCGAGGCAUCCAACGUGCUGGUAGGGGAGGUGGACUUCCUAGAGAGGCCCAUCAUCGCCUUCGUACGCCUGUCCCCCGCCGUCCUCAUCACAGGGCUCACGGAGGUGCCUGUGCCCACCAGGUAGGUACAUUACAUCUCUCUACACCCUCUUUCACUGCUCUUUCUCUGUCUAACCUGCUGGUUCUAGAUUUUAUUUUUGCACCUGCUCCCCUACCAGUAGCCUAAACCAUUUGUACUAAAUGAUGUUGGGUUUUGAAUACAAUUCAUUGUAUCUGCCUAUACCUGCCCAUCUACAUAUAUUUGCAUUCAGUCUAAUGUGUGAAAAUGGUUUGUGUCCCAUACAGGUUUUUGUUUUUGCUGCUGGGUCCACACGGUAAAGGCCCUCAGUACCAUGAGAUUGGCAGAUCCAUGGCCACACUAAUGACAGAUGAGGUGAGAGGAUGGAAGAUGUUUUACGUGCUGUUGUUUGUGCAAUUAUCCUUAUAGUCUUAUGAAGAUUAGUAACAUUCAGUCAUAAACAUUAAUUAGCUCCCCCCACAUGCAUAGAAUAUAAUAACUCAUUUGUGUAACUUUUUCCCUUCAGGGGGAUCUUUAGGUGUGGCAUUCAGAUUAGAUCAAUUUUAAGAUCAUUAGAUCAAAAUGUAAAAGCUAUACUCUUUUCUGCAUUUCUCUGUAGAUAUUCCAUGAUGUGGCGUACAAGGCCAAAGACCGGACUGACCUUCUGUCUGGGAUAGAUGAAUUUCUGGACCAGGUGACAGUCCUGCCCCCAGGAGAAUGGGACCCUACAAUACGAAUCGAACCCCCCAAGAACGUCCCAUCACAGGUGAGGGUCUAAGUUGACAAUGUGCUCUGCCUAUAAACAGAAAAUAAAAAAACACAUAAAUAAACAGAAAAUCAACAUGUCUGAAAUUAAGCCUGAUUUUAGAUGAUUGGUCACAUAUUUAGUGCUCUUCAAUCUUGAUCCUGGAGAACCACAAGAGGUGCAGGCUUUUGUUUCAGCCUAGCACUAACACAGUUGAUUAAACUAAUCAAGGGUUUGAUGAUUAGUUGAAUCAGAUGUGUUGGAAAUAUAGCCUGCACCACCUGUGGGUCCCCAGGAUUGAAAAACGCUGGCUUGCAUGGUAGUUUUCUAUGAUGUUUCCAUGAUGUGUAUGACUGCGCCUCCUGGUGGCAGUAGAGGAUAACAUCCCUGUAAUAACUUCAAAUUAAAUGAAAUUGUAUUUGUCACAUGCGGCGAAUACAACAGGUGUAGUAGACCUUACCGUGAAAUGCUUACAAGCCCUUAACCAACAAUACAGUUCAAGAAAUAGAGUUAAGAAAAUAUUUACUAAAUAAACUAAAGUAAAAAAUAAAAUACAAAGUAACACAAUAAAAUAACAAUAACGAGGCUAUAUACAGGGGGUACCGGUACCGAGUCAAUGUGCAGGGGUACAGGUUAGUCGAGGUAAUUUGUACAUGUAGGUGUGGGUAAAGUGACUAUGCAUAGAUAAUAAACAGCAAGUAGCAGCAGUGUAAAAACAAAGGGGGGGGGGUCAAUGUAAAUAAUCCAGGUGGCCAUUUGAUUAAUUGUUCAGCAGUCUUAUGGCUUGGGGGUGGAAUCUGUUAAGGAGCCUUUUGGACCUAGAUUUGGCGCUCCGGUACCACUUGCCGUGCAUUAGCAGAGAAAACAACUUAGUCAUGCGUGCAUGAAUUUUCGUAUGGGGGGCCCCAGCGGGAAUCGAACCCAUAACCUUGGCGUGGCCAAAGCCAUGCUCUACCAUCUGAGCCAAACCUAUAAAGGCUCUCUCACUUGUAGAUGAAGAGGAAGAUUCCUACCCAGCCCAACGGGUCACCCUCACCCUCUGGGGAGAUGUUGAAGGAGGAGGAUGAAGGCCACGGAGCUGGGCCCGAGCUGCAGAGAACCGGACGGUGAGCUAUACAUAUGAAUUCAUUGGGGAGGUUUCCGGGACACAGAUUAAGCUUAAUUCUGGACCUGAAAGCAUUUUCAAAUGAGCUUGCUUUUAGGUCCAGGACUAGGCUUAAUCUGUGUCUGGGAAACUGCCCCAUAUAGAAGAGUUGAUAAGGGUAAAUCUCAAAUGACACCCUAUUUCUUACAUAUAGUUCUGAUGAACAGUAGUGGACUACCAUAAAUGUGGAAUAGGGUAUCAUUUGAGACACUGCCUAAGACUUGUCUAGUAUUGGAUAUAUAUAUAUAUUUUAUAGUAUGGCAUGACAUAGGCAAUAUGUUGUAAAACUCUUUUUUAAACUGUUUAAUAGUAAUAAAAAUGCAUUUUAUUCUUGAUGAAAUUCAUUACACAUGUAUAAGGUAAUCCAUUAUUGAAACUGUUUAUGAAGGCAAAAUUAACAACAUACAGUGCUCACAUACUGUGACAAGUCAUAUAGAUCAUUAUCACUGCACUGCACACUUUUGAAUUGAAUUGAAUUUAUUUUGGGUAAAUAAAAUGUACAAUGUGGACCCAGAGGAUAUCACUUGAAAGUAGUAAUUAAAACGCUUGUUUCCAAAGUGGUCCUCGAUGGUAAAACAAUAACACAUAUAAUGAUUAAAAGACAAGACAAAAUUACAAACAACCAUAAAUACAUUCAUGUAUAUUGACAUCCUAAAAAGUGGCACUAUUCACUGCACUUUUCCCUAACCUUAAAAAUCAACCAUAUUCAUUUCACAUUAAAACAAUCUAUUCAUUGCACAUCAUACCUAUCGUUCAAAUAAAUACACCUGACCAGCAGUCAGUGGUCUGAAAAAGAGAAUGCAGGUCAUGCAACAUAAUGUUAUCUGGUAUAUGCUGAAUGUUCCCCCUAGGACCAACAUAGGGGUACAGGAGUUCCGGGAGGUGGGCUUGUUGCCUUUGGAGUCCGGAGUGGACCAACUUAAACUUCAUCAUAUGUUUGACAUCUUAAAUGAUCGUGCCCCAAGUUAUAUGAAAAACCACAUUGAUAUGGUCUAUAACCAACACAGUUACAAUACCAGAGCAAGUUUUAUGUCUUGUAAGAUCCCAUGAGUAAACAGUACUGCGAGGAGCACGUUUGUGCUCGAGAAGGUAUCCCUCAAGUUGAUUAAAAACGAAUCUCUCAACAACUUUGGAUAAGGUGCUGAGGAUCGACAUAGGCCUGUAGUUUCCUACAUUUGUUUUACUGCUCUUCUUGUGGAGCGGAACCACCCGGGCUGUUUUGAAAUCAUUGGGAAAUGUACCACUACUAAUAGAAAGGUUUACAAUAUGCGUUAUCAUUUUAGCAGUAACACAAGCACUAUCCUUUAUGAAUCUUGCAGGAAGGUUAUCCAGCCCAGUUGCUUUGUUAAGCAUAGUAGAUUGGAAACUUUGCCACCAUGCCCAGCUCAAACUUUACAAUUACGAUGCUGACAUAAAUAGAUACUCUAUGUGUGAAAGCCUCUGAGAUCACAUGGCUUCCCUGCUGGUAGAGUGUGUUUAUUUGUGACCUCACUCCCCCAUGACACACACCUCGCAGACUGGACACUGCAUUAUUUACCCCUCUGCAUAUCCAUUCUCUGCGUGCUGCUAUAAAAAGCCACAUGCCGGCAGAGAACGACAGAGAGAGGUAGAGGGGGAAGGAGAGAGAGAGAGAGAGAGAGAGGGAGAGGGGGAAGGAGAGAGAGAGAGAGAGAGAUAGAGAGAGAGAGAGCGAGAGCAGAGCGAGAGGCGAGAGAAACGAGAGAGCCGAGAGCGAUAGAGAGAGAGCGCGCUACGAUGAAGAGUCUAGCGAGGAGAGAGACUUCUCGCGAGCGAUAAGAGCUAGGCACGAGAGAGCGAGCAGAGUCGAGCGAGGAAGAGCACGAGAGAGAGAGAGAGACUUUACGGGGUGUUAGGCAGUCCCUGAACACACAAAGUGGUGGUGACUUAGAGCUGAGAGUGGUGGGUUGAGUGUGUUUGUGUAAGGUAGCUGAGUGUGUGUGUGAAGUAGAAACAUGUGUGUAAAUGUGUUGAGUGGUAUCUGGGUCAGAGAGCAGGAGUGUGUGUCCAACCCCGGUGGGAAAAUAACAGGCUUCCCCUCAGCAAGGAUCCUAGCUCUAAGCAUCACAGUUAGGAAAUUACCAUUAACCAAAGAUCUCUAAAAUGUAAAUUAAUUAUUGUAAAAAGUGUCCAAAAAUGUGUACCACCAAUUAACUACCAUUCACAUGCUGUGAUGGCCCAAAAAAGUUAUCUGGGGGCUCCCAAAAAUAAUCUGCCAGACCCUAUUGAUGGUAGGGUUGUUCGAUACCAGGUUUAGUAUCAUGAUACUCCAUACCAAAACGAUACCAAGGCAAAAAAACAAACAACGUAUUAGCCAAGGUCACAGAAUAACCUUUGGGCAUCUUUUGAGUUGUUGUCGUACUUUGUGUGAAGUUCUAACUUCUAGCACAGAUGUAAUGGUAGGCUGACUCGCUGUAGCUGAUGUGGUGGUGGCACUUGACUUCUGUAGUUAAAAUAAGAGAAAUCAAUAAUGACGUGGACAUUAGCCUAAAAUCCAUCUACAAAACCAUAUAUGAGCAUAUAAACAUUUUACAAUUAAAUUGACUAACUGUUUUAAAAUGUAAUUCAAUACAUAUCAGGGUAAAUGUACUCAUCCAUGGUGAUAAUAUUGGGUCAAAUUAUACUGAACAAAAAUAUAAACGCAACAUGCAACAAUUUCAAAGAUUUUAAACCCACCGCCACCAUGAGGCACUCUGUUCACAACGUUGACAUCAGCAAAGCACGUGCCCACACGACGCCAUACAUGUGGUCUGCGGUUGUGAGGCCGGUUGGACGUACUGCCACGUUCUCUUAUGGUAGAGAAAUGAACAUUAAAUUAUCUGGCAACAGUUCUGGUAGACAUUCCUGCAGUCUGCAUUCCAAUUGCACUGUGGCAUUGUGUUGUGUGACAAAACUGUUGUGAGGCCCAUUUUUUUGUGCAAAUUGUUGCAUGUUGCAUUAUAUUUUUGUUCAGUAUAAAUGUCGAACUGGAACGCCAAAUGUGCUGAGAAGUUAAGCUACUGGUCCGGUCAACAUAUUACUAGACAGGCUUGAUCAUCUCAGUCAGUGUACAACGUGAGACACACUUGAUAGAAGAACCAAAAGUAACACAUUCUAGUACCGAACCAUUUCUCCUGUUACAGGAUCAAAAAGUACCUACAUUUUGGUGUACUGUGCAACACUAGUUGAUGUUCUGAAAAAGUUAUCUGUGGGUCCUAAAACAUCUCUGGGAGACCAAUAGAUCCAAAAGAGUUAUCUCGAAGUCCAAGAAUGUGUUCCCACUGGGCACAGACGUCAAUAACGUCUAUUCCGCGUUGGUUCAACGUAAUUUCAUUGAAAAGACGUGGAAACAACGUUGAUUCAACAAGUGUGUGCCCAGUGGGUUGUAUGGUCCCCUGUAUGGUCCAAAAACCAUAGUCUAAGGAUGUAAUCUGGUAGUCAUCUGGUAUACUUCACCACACUAGUAUAAUGCUUCUACUGCUGUAAAGUGCUGUGGUUUUUCCCUUCCUCCAGGAUCUUUGGAGGCCUGGUGAUGGAUGUAAAGCGGAAGGCCCCGUUCUACUGGAGCGACAUCCGGGACUCGUUGAACCUGCAGUGUCUGGCCUCCAUUCUGUUCCUCUACUGCGCCUGCAUGUCCCCUGUCAUCACCUUCGGAGGGCUGCUGGGCGAGGCCACUAAAGGAAACAUAGUAAGUAGUUCCUUGUCCAUGAGUGUCAAUGAAUGCCACUCCGAUUGCAUCUGUCUGUCUUCUGUCUGUUCUGUAUGCAAGUCACUUAGCUGCCUGGUAAAACUGGUUUAACCAGGCUACAAGUCAAUGUAAGCCUUGCACCAAUUAUGUAUAACUUUACCAAAAGGUCUUACCCUAAGGUCUUACCCUAUUUGCUUAUUACUAUAUACAAAUAUCACUAAAAGCAUAUAGAAUUUGUAUCGCUAUAAGCAAAUAGGAUGUGAUUAGACAGUGUCCCUCUUCCUCACUGCGAGCUACUCUAUAUACGGUCUCCAUGCUUUGAUCCUGACAAUGAGUUCCACACACACACCCUACAGUAACCCCAGAUAUCUUUAUUAGGAGGGAGACUGUUGGCAUAGCUAGCGUCAGCAUGCCGGGGUGUGUGAUGCGUCUGAGUAAACUCAUUCGAAGACGAGUGGCGGAGGGAUAUGAGUACAGACAGGCCGACGGGGUGGAAGAAGUAAAGCAGUUUAGCUAGACUGUCUGAUGCUAGGCAGCCUUAGCUGGAAUGUCGGUUUAAACUGAUGUGCUAUGUGGGGUGUUCUGUCUGCUUUAUCUCUUUUCCCCUUAGUCUCUCCCUCUCUCUGGUUUCCUCUAUGUAUUUACCUCCUCCUCUUCCUCCUCUUCCUCCCCUUCUCACUCCUUCUUUCCCUCCCUCUCUUCUCUUGCUACAGAGUGCCAUAGAGUCUCUGUUUGGGGCAUCCCUCACAGGAGUGGCCUUCUCUCUGUUUGCGGGGCAGCCCCUCACUAUACUGGGCAGUACGGGGCCUGUCCUAAUUUUCGAGAAGAUCCUCUUCAAGUUCUGCAAGUGAGUGCUAAACCGUAUCCUCUUUACACUAUCAUUCGCACUGUGGCCCUCUGGUGGUAGCAACCUGCAAGUACAAGCUCACCACUGCCAUUUGGGGAUUUCUAAUUUGUUUCUGAUCAGUAACUAGUUAUGAAAGAAGUUGGGACAGGCUCAAGGUCAUUUAUUGAUGAAUCCUCAAUCAUUUCAUAAGGCAUAGUCAGAGUGAUUGCCCCUACAACGGUCAUAACCUCUAUGCUUUGAGCUCACUACUUGCAGUACCUAAUAAGAUAUGAAUAUGAAAAUACACUGAAAACAUCCAAAAUAUACAUACAACUAAAAUCUACAGUACAAUGCCUUGUAAAGUUGACAUUGAGGUUAAAUAAAGUGUGCUUUCUUAAUUUACCUAAUUUUGUUAACCUUUGCUUUAGAUCAAAUGAAGACGUCAAUAUUCUUGUAAUGUUUUUUUGUAUGAAAAAUCUUAAAUUACAGCUCACUUUGAGCAAAUUCGUAAUUUGCGAUUAAUCGCAGCAAAUCCUGCGAGUUAACUCGAGAACAUCGUUUUAUCAUUUGACAGCCCGAGUAUUGACUCUUGACUUCCUCUCCUGUCCUACCCAGGGACUACGGCCUGUCCUACCUGUCUCUGAGGACCAGCAUCGGCCUGUGGACGGCCUUCCUCUGCCUGGUCCUGGUGGCCACAGACGCCAGCUCCCUGGUCUGUUACAUCACACGCUUCACAGAGGAGGCCUUCGCCGCGCUCAUCUGCAUCAUCUUCAUCUACGAGGCCCUGGAGAAGCUAUUCCACCUGGGGGAACACUAUCCCGUCAACAUGCACAAUGAGCUGGACAACCUCACCCUCUACUCGUGAGUCAGGGUUGGAGAGCCUCGGUGGAGGGUAAAAGCCGCGGGUAGUGGGACUGCCAUUUUUCCGCUACCAAAAAAACAAAAUUUAUUCAGGAAAUGUACCUUUUCUAUUUGGAUUACUGUGUUUUAGAUGAUGUUACCAUUGACUUGCGCUCAAAGAUAUAAAAGGGGAGCUUACGGUUUUGUGGGGAGUGUAAAGCAUGGAGUGUGUAAGAUGUAUUCUCUUGACUCAGGUGUCAGUGUUUUCCACCGGCCAACGCCUCCACUGAGAUCUUGCAGACGUGGAACCAGACAGGACACACACCAGACACUAUCUCCUGGAACAGCCUCAACGUAUCGGUCAGUCAGAGGACACACACACAAGGAACACACACACUGCAAAAAACAUCUGUUGAGCCUGUGUAUUUCUCUGACCCUUUACUCUCUUUGCCAGAUGUGUAACCUGCUCCGUGGAGAGUUUGCUGGUCCUGCCUGUGGUCACCACGGCCCCUACAUCCCAGACGUCCUCUUCUGGUCCAUCAUCCUCUUCUUCACCACCUUCUUCCUCUCCUCCUUCCUCAAGGAGAUCAAGACCGAGCGAUACUUCCCUACAAAGGUGUGUUAUUCACUUGCGAGCAGGGUGUAGAGCUAUUGUGUGUGUGUGUGUGUGUGUGUGUGUGCGUGUUUGUGUUCCUCUAAAAGUUUAUUGUGCUGCAACAACAUUCACAGUUAACUUCAAGGUCUUCACAUUCUUCCCACACAAUAUGUCAAAACACUUUGCUGUUACUGUUAGCUACUGUGUGUAGGCGUUCCCACUGAGUGAAUUAUAAUGGCUGUGUUGUUUACACAUUAACAUGAUUAUGCAUCGUCAUUAUUAUGGGUUGUGCAGGUGCGCUCCACCAUCAGUGACUUUGCCGUGUUUCUGACCAUUAUGAUCAUGGUGCUGGUGGACUAUCUGAUGGGUAUCCCCUCUCCUAAACUCAACGUACCCGACCGCUUUGAGGUAGGACCCUUUUGAUAUUGUAUCUCUGUUUAGGCAUUCAAAAGAUGUUGGGCCUGUACUGCCAUAUGGCAUACUAAUCAUAUCAACAUGUCAUAUGAUACUGAUGAUAGCAAUGAUAUAUCCUGGGCUGAUACUAGAGCCUGUAGUAAUACUAGUAAGCUAAUGUGGACACUGACCUAUUUAGAUUUGUCUAGUGUAAUGUGAUGGCUUUCUUUUAGCCUUAUCGUUGAAGCUAACUCUCUGCCCUGCUGCAGCCCACCUCCAAGCACCACGGCAGGCUAUCUAGUGUAAUGCGAUAGCUAGCUACUAGCGUUAGCAUUAUAGCUAAAAUCAAUCAAAGUUGAUUGUCAUACGCACAGGAUACAGUGAAGUGUACACAGGGUAAUGUAAUGUACAAUGAAAAACAUAAUCAAGGACCCAGCGAACUGUUCACUCCCCUACUGUCUGGCAGACGGUAUCGGAGCAUCGGGUCUUGGGCCACUAGGCUCAGAGACAGUUUUUACCCACAAACCAUCAGACUGCUGAACACUUGAACUUGAACUGACCAUUUGCACUGACUCUCCGUACCUUCACACAUGCAGUCACUCACUCACUCACUUACACAGGCCCUGUAGCGGGUGAUGUUGGACGGAGUCAGGCGCAGGAGAGUAAAUCACGGAAAUUAUGGUUUAAUCAAUAAACAGAGGUACGCAGCAAUGCGUAAUACACACCAGUGCGGACAAAUGGCACACUGGGGAAAAUAAGGCAGACGGGUGAACAACCCAGCGAUACACAAUAUUAUCGAGCUCCACCGAGCUAUAAUCUCCUCUACAAUAAACGAUCACACACAAAGACAAGGGGGCAGAGGGAACACUUAUACAGGGACUGAUGAGGGGAUGAGAACCAGCUGUGUGUAAUAAACAAGACAAAACAAAUGGAAUGAUGAGAUGAGGAGCGGCAGUGGCUAGAAGGCCGGUGAUGACGAACGCCGAAGCCUACCCGAACAAGGAGGGGAGGCAGUCUCGGAGGAAGUCGUAACAGGCCCACACAUAUGCAGAUACAAACACACACACACUCCCAGGCACACACACACAUUCAAGCCACACACACACACCACAACUGCUGCUAUUGGACUUCUAUUUAAUAUUGCACCAAACACUCCCUUCCCCGGUACACGUGUAAAUAUUGUAAUGUAAAUCUGUUUGAGUGCCUUCCUUGUAUUUAUACUUCUGCUAAAUGUUUAUUCAAAAAAAAAUUCAAUCGAGCUUCUAUUCUAUUUAUUCAUUUUUAUUACUUUAUACUUUUUCUGUUCUUAUUGUUGUCGCAUUGUCGAGAGGUGAACCUGCAAGCAUUUCAUUGUACUGUUUACACCAUGUGUUCCUGUGCAUAUAACAAAUAAACGUCACAAACUUGAAUUUACAAGUUCUUGCUAGUGAACACUAUACCCUGACUGCAAGCUAUUAGCAUUAGUUUAAAUGCUAACUAUGCUCUGGUCUGCAGCCUACCUCCAAGCAUCGCGGCUGGCUGAUCUCCCCGCUGGGCACCAACCCCUGGUGGACCCUGCUGGUGGCGGCGCUGCCCGCUUUGCUCUGCACCAUCCUCAUCUUCAUGGACCAGCAGAUUACCGCCGUCAUCAUCAACCGCAAGGAGCACAAGCUCAAGGUGAGCAAGUGCUGGUUUAUGGCAUAGACUUCCGUAGUUUACAGGCUCUAUUUCCACUGUCAAGGUGGGUAGAGCUGACACAUUUUUACAAAUAUGUUGUUCUGUCACCUUGUUCUGUCCAUUAUAUUAUCAUUCACUGUGUUGAAUGUAGCUAGUGUUUUCAUGAAAUGUAUUCACUGUGUACAAUUUGGUGCUCCAACGACAAUAUACUAUAAUAACUUUUUGUCCUCUUCUUUUCCCCCCUCGUUUUUCCCCUCAUGUAGAAAGGCUGUGGCUACCAUCUGGACCUGCUGGUGGUGGCGGUAAUGCUGGGCGUGUGCUCCAUCAUGGGCCUGCCCUGGUUCGUAGCCGCCACUGUGCUCUCCAUCUCCCACGUCAACAGCCUCAAGGUUGGCAGGCCUGCUGCUGUCUUUGUUUAUUCGUUGUUUCUAAGUCAGCGGUGUAAAACGCAAUUCCUGGAGGGCAGAGUGUCUGCGUUUUUUUGCUCCUCCCUUGUACUUGAUUGAUCAAUUAAGGUCGUCAAUUAGUUAGGAACUGCUCUCACCUGGUUGUCUAGGUCUUAACUGGACACAUUGAAAGGAAAUUAUAAAAACCAGCAGACAUUCGGCCCUCCAGGGAUUACGGUUGACACCUCUGGUGUAAGUGAUUAGCUGUGAGUUUGUUUUUUGUUUUAAUGUACAAGUCUGAAAAAUAAUUUCUUUAUCUGAGUAAAGUAGAUAUUCAUCUAAUGUAAUCUAAUCAAAUCUAAAGGUGGAGUCGGGCUGCUCGGCCCCAGGAGAACAGCCCAAGUUCCUGGGUAUCAGAGAGCAGAGGGUCACCGGCUUCAUGAUCUUUGUCCUCAUGGGCUGCUCUGUCUUUAUGACCUCUGCACUCAAGGUGACAGCUCUUUGGGUUUUAGAAAAGUGUUAUAAAAAUAAGACGUAUUAUUAAUAUAAGACAAUGAGCGCUGGACACCAAUGCAAUGUGAAUGAUAAGCAGUUUGACUGUUAUAUAUUCACCUUACAGUUGACAUGGAAUUCUUUUUUUUAAAGCACUUGAAAUUAUUAUUAUUAUUAUUAUUAUUAUUAUUAUUAUUAUUAUUAUUAUUAUUAUAUACUGUAUGUUCAACUUUUCUCCCCCAACCUCCAGUUCAUUCCUAUGCCAGUGCUAUAUGGGGUCUUCCUCUACAUGGGAGCCUCUUCACUCAAAGGCAUUCAGGUGAGAUUAUAUUCAAUGCUUAGUUGAAGAUAUGAUCACAGAUUUGGAUCUAUAACAGUAAAGCAAUGCCUUGUCUGUAAUGAUGAGCUUACUCCUUUGUAAUUAAACUCCCUUUUAUCAAGAAUACAUGUCAUUGCAUUUAAACUAUUUCAUUUCAAAUGUGUUUCCUGACAAAACAUUGAAAUGAAUGGUGCUCAGUACAAUGUUCACGUCUCGUUCCCGCUCUCUCUCUUAGUUCUUUGACCGUAUCAAGUUGUUUGGUAUGCCAGCCAAGCACCAGCCUGACCUGAUCUACCUGCGCUACGUUCCCCUGUGGAAGGUCCAUGUUUUCACCCUGGUGCAGCUCACCUGCCUCAUAUUGCUCUGGGUCAUCAAGGCCUCUGCAGCCGCUGUCGUUUUCCCCAUGAUGGUAAUACCCAUAGAGAUAAAUGUUCUAUAGUAAUACUGCCAUCAUUCUAUCUCUUCAUGGUAAAAUCACUCUCCACAUUUACAAACUGGAGAAACAUGAUAUCUUGUCUACCAACAAAGGUGUUUUAAACAUGAAAAUAUCUAAAACCGUGUAGUUCUUUUGCUUCCUCUCUCUCUCUCUCUCUCUUAAAAUAUCCUGUUUUCGCUUAUAGGUGCUGGCCCUCGUCUUCAUUCGGAAGCUUCUGGACUUUUUCUUUACCAAGAGGGAGCUCAGCUAUCUGGAUGACUUGAUGCCAGAGAGCAAGAAGAAGAAAGAGGAUGACAAGAAGAAGAAGGAGAGGGAGAAACGGGUAACACACAGUAGCACUUUAAAGCCAUUAGUUUCCCGACAACAUUCACUGUCUAGCACGCUAACAGGACUUGCCCCCCCCCCCCCCCCCCCCACAGAAAUCAAAUUACAAGAAUGGACAAAGCCGCUCAGACUAUGUCAAUUUGACUGCACCCUCAUGUGUACACUUCAUUGUAAUUCUCUGCUUGUCCCCUUGGUCCCAGGAGGCUUUAUUGCUAGGCGUGAAUGCUGUGAAGGUCCAUUAUGACAGUGGGAACCUGCUCAAGAUCCCAGUCAAAACGCUCUCAGGGAGGUAAGUGCUGCCCACCAUACAACAGGAGUACAAUACAAUACAUUAGAUAGAUAGAUAAAUGAAGGACACACUUUUCUUUGGCUUUAUCUUUGUAUGAAAAAGGUAACUGUGAUGAUGUUAGUUCGGUAACGUGUUUAUCUUGAACAGAUCGUACAGAAUAAUUGCUCAUACCCUCCCAAUGGAUGAAGAGGCGGUAGGGGUGGGUGUCUGAUAUAUCCAGUCCAUGUGCUGAGUUUUAACCCUACUCAGUAAUAUACAGUAACAUCAGUCGUAACUUGGCUAUUUACUAUACCUGUAGAUGAUGCCUUUUUAUUGAAGACACACUCCCUGCGUGUUGUGUUUGUGUUUUGGAGGGGUUUGUUAUGAUGAUACAUAAUGCUCCACAGUAUCAUGCCAAGAUAAAAAGGCUCUAAAACCAUGUGAAUACUAAUGACUAAUGUACACAUUGAUUACAUAGAGAACUCACCCCAGACAAUCAUCGUCCAAGAGUGACAAUUGCCUCCAAAGCAAUUGUUACACAUAAGCCAGCACAUAUUUUUUGUGCAAGAUGCAAUGACAGAGAAAUGCUUUGACAGAGAACUGGUGGCAAGUAGUCCUGUGUGCCUCAAUCUUUUGUUUGUUUACCUUAUCCAUAUGCAUGUCUGUCUACCCUCCCCUGUUCUGUCCUGUUCCUCGCUGCAUGUAGCUCAUGUGACCUCAGCAAUGUUAAUAUCUCUGACGAAAUGGCCAAAAGCGGGGCAUGCAAAGCAGUGGCGUUGAGCGCCGACUUCGGCCCAUCUAUGAAGCGUAGCCAAAGGUAGCUAUGCCGACAACGACUUGCCUUUAGCUGUCACCUCUCUUUCUCCUGAAAAUGGAAGAGGCUUUUUCCAGGCACACCUCAGGUCUACUGAAAUCUCAUUAAGACAAGAUCAUAUUGAUAACUUACCCCUUAUAGAUCAUAUAAUUCAAUUAUAUUCUGUGACUAUUCUAAUAUACAGUAACUGAUCUAAUAUAACUAAAUAAUCUACUUAAUUCUGUGACUAGCCCAUUAAUUAAUAGGUAUGACAAAGACAAUGUAUCCAUUCUUAUGUAAUGAGAGUAUAAAGAUCUCGCUUUUGCUGUGUUUAUAACUUGCAUAAUGUUCAGUUGCAUGAAUGUUGUGAGAUCUGAACUUUGUUUGCAUAAAACAAGACUACGUUCUAUUUUCCUGAAUAUUGUAUUUGCCUACAAUAUAUAAAAGCAAAGCGUUGAAGAGGCUUUGCCCUGAGGUUCUAACUGGGUGCUGCCUGUCCUCUCCCAAUUAUAUUGGUUAAGAACAACAUACUUUAACACAUGAGCCUGCCAUCUUCAAGUCUAGGGUGUUAACAACUGCCUAUUCUUAGAGCAUGGUAUGAGCUUAAUUUUAGGCAUUGCCGUCUGACACUCUCACAGACAGCAUUGCACUUACAUCAGAAACACAUUUCCUCCUCAUCCUUGAUAUCCUGGCCCAGCCCAGCACAGCACAACCAGCCCAUUGAUGCUUCUCUUCCCAUCUGUCUCCCUCACUUGUCUCUGGCAGCCAGGAGAAGGUGGCCUGUGUUAGAGUCAACAUGGACACCACCGACGCAGGAGGACAUAGUUCCGCCUUAGAGACUGCCUUG